GCUCCAGGAUCUCAACUUUCUUCAAUUUCGGAUAUGUGUCCCUUACAAUACGAGGUGUUGACGCUCGAGAUACUGGUACAUACACAUGCGUCGCUACAAAUUGCAUGGGCAGCGCUUCGACUACUUCUAGACUUAUAUGUAUAAGCAAAAAGAGCAUAGUUGUUGAAUCUCAACACCCUGAAGGUCUUGAAAAGAUUCAGCAUCUUGAAGACUAUUCUCGAUACCAGAGGGAUGUACGAGAGGAUGUGAGUUUCACUGUAAAGCCCACUUUUACCGCUGAGCUCACUGGAAAAAGUCAGUUGAUUGAAGGACAAAGUGCUCAUUUCGAAACACGAUUGGAGCCAAUGGGAGAUCCUAGUAUGACCGUGGAAUGGUUUUUUAAUGGCCGACCACUUACCACUGGACACCGCUUCAAGACAUAUUUUGAUUUUGGUUACGUUGCUCUGGACAUUUUGUACGUAUUCCCUGAAGAUACAGGAACGUUCACUGUUGUUGCCAAAAACUCUAUUGGACAAGCAACACUUUCGAAGCAAGUUCACGUACAAGCCAAAACCUCGGUAGAUACCUCAACUAUUCACGAAAUCGAAGAAAAAAUUGAAUAUUUAGAACGCCCACCUCAUGUGGAUACUGACCGUUUCAUAGAAGAGAUCUCCAAGACCAAGCCUUAUUUUCCUAUUACUCUACACAGCCCCAAACCCUUACGAGAAGGUGAAAGGGUACACUUAGAAUGUAGAGUCGAACCAGUAGGAGAUCCAACGUUGAAGAUUGAGUGGUUCUUUAAUGGAAAACCUCUGCCUUCUGGCUCCCGAUUCCAAGCAAAGCAUGAAUUCGGUCACAUAAUUCUGGACAUACUCACAGCAUACCCCGAGGACACUGGCGAGUACACUGUCAGGGCAACCAAUCAUCUUGGCUCAGCGCAUACCAGUGCAUGCAUCACUGUCAUUGGUAAAAGUGGAAUUGUUUCUGAAACUCAGCAUCCAGAAGGACUUGAAAAAAUCCAGCAUUUGGAAGAUUCGAGUCGCUACAAGAGGGACCAGUUUGAAGAGACGAUCAUUACGCAGCUUCCCACAUUUACGAAACCACUGCACAACAUCGAGACGAUUGAGGGCACCAAUAUUCAUCUUGAAUGCCGACUUGCCCCUGUCGGCGAUCCAACCAUGCGGAUAGAGUGGCUUGUGAAUGGUGCACCUCUCAAAGUGGGGCAUCGAUUCCGACCCGCAUACGAAUUCGAUUAUGUCGCCUUAGACAUUCUCAGCGUGUACGCAGAAGAUAGCGGAGUUUACACUUGCAGAGCAACUAGCAGUUUGGGCCAGGCUGUUACUUCUUGCACUGUUAAAUGCACAGCUAGGAGCGAAAUUAUUUCAGAAUCACAGCAUCCGGAAGGUCUUCAACAGAUUCAAUACCUUGAAGACCAGAGUCGCUACCAAAGAGAAACCUGGGUUGAAGAGGCCGUCAAAGUGCAGCCCAAAUUCUUAACUAAGCUUAACAACUUAACUCUACAUGAAGGUCAAAUGGCUCAUUUUGAAUGCCGUCUGGAACCCGUUAACGAUUCUUCUCUAAGAGUUGAAUGGUUUAGAAAUGGAAAAUCUCUUCCAGUUGGUCACCGUUAUAGACCUUUCCAUGAUUUUGGGUACGUUGCCCUAAACAUCUUAUCAGUUGUUCCAGAAGAUUCCGGAACCUACACCUGCAGAGCUGUCAAUUUAAUUGGAACAGCAGAAAUUCAAGCAACACUUACUUGCACAGGCAAAUCGUCAAUUCUAUCAGAAACUCAGCAUCCAGAAGGCUUGCAAAAAAUUCAGCAACUCGAAGAUUACUCUAGGUACACACGUGACGUGUAUCAAGAAGAGCUCACAAGCCAGUCUCCAGUAUUCACCAAAGCUCCACAGAAUGUCGAAAUCAAGGAAGGCCAGCGAGUGCAUUUCGAAUGCCGGCUGAUUCCGGUUGGCGAUCCCAAGCUCAAAGUUGAAUGGUUCCAUAAUGGAAGACCUGUGAAGCAAGGCACACGAUUUGUUCAGACAUUUAAUUUCGGUUAUGUCGCACUGGAUAUUAUGUAUGCUUAUCCUGAAGAUUCCGGUACUUACACUUGCAAAGCUGUGAAUGCACUCGGAGAAGCUGUUACAUCAGCCACCCUUAAGUGUCACAGUAAGAGUGCUCUUAUUUUGGAAUCGCAGCAACCGGAGAGUCUGGAGAAGAUUCAACAAUUAGAGGAUAUGAGCCGAUAUCAAAAGACCUCAUAUAUCGAAGAAACAACAACGCAGGCACCAGUUUUCACGCAAGCUAUGAAGAACUUGCAACUAAUGGAGAACCAGAGUGCUCACUUUGAAUGCAGGCUGAUACCAGUUGGGGACACGAAGCUUAAAGUGGAAUGGUUCCAUAAUGGAAUUGCUAUCAUGCCUGCUUCUAGAGUAACACUGACACAUGAUUUUGGUUUUGUGGCACUGGACUUGGCAUACGUGAAACCAGAGGACAGUGGAACCUAUACCUGCAAGGCAACUAAUGAACUCGGACAGGCUGUAUGUUCAGCAACUUUAGCUGUUAGAGGUUCAAAAUCCUUGCUUUUGGAGACGCAACAUCCAGAAGGCUUGCAGAAGAUUCAGUAUUUGGAAGACGCUAGCCGUUACCAGCGCGAGACCAUUGAGGAAACUCGAAGAGUAACAUCGCCACCAGUAUUUAUAACACCACUUUCAGGACCUAACCAACUCGUUGAGGGACAUAGCAGUCAUCUCGAAUGCAGAAUAGAGCCCUACCCAGAUCCAACCAUGAAGAUUGAAUGGUUCUUCAACGGAAAACCUCUGCCUUCAGGAUCACGCUACCGAACUAUGUUCGACUUUGGAUUUGCUGCAUUGGAUAUUUUAACCGUUUAUGCAGAGGAUUCUGGUGAAUACACAAUUAAAGCCACAAAUAGUCUCGGAACAUCCUCAUCUUCCGCUAGGAUCAAUGUUACAGCAAAGAAGAGUUUGAUCCUUGAGUCUCAGCAACCAGAUAGUUUGCAAAAGAUCAGGCAGUUGGAAGAUACAAGCCGAUUUGCCAGGCCCGAGGAACCGGAGCGAAUAUUCGAUAGGCCAAAUUUCGGCAGGCCUUUGUACAAUUUAGACAACUUAGUUGAGGGCCAAAGUGCACAUCUGGAAGCAACACUAACUCCUGUCAAUGAUCCAACAAUGAGAGUAGAGUGGUACCAUAACGGAGUGACUAUUAAGCCAGCUCAUCGUUUCCGAACUACAUUCGACUUCGGAUAUGUCGCACUUGACAUUUUACAUGUUUUGCCUGAAGAUACCGGAACCUACAUGUGCAAAGCUGUUAAUAGGAUGGGAGAAGCUAUCACUACAUGCUCUAUUAAAGUGCAAGCCAAAGGGUCCAUUUACACGGACACUUUGCAUGAAGAAGGUCUGGAGAAAAUCCGUGCCUUGGAAGAACAGUACAGACCUGCUCCAGAAGAGCCAGUCAUUCCAGUUUCUCGUCCUAUCUUCCUUACACCCCUCAAGAGCCAAGAGAAUAUCAAAGAAGGCCAGCCGGUGCAUCUGGAAUGCAAGUUGGAACCUGUUAAUGAUCCAAAACUGAAAGUGGAGUGGUAUGUCAACGGCAUCGAGAUUAAAGCAGGUCAUCGGUUCCGAACUAUCCAUGACUUCGGGUAUGUAGCUUUGGACAUUCUGUACAGCUAUGCUGAAGACAGUGGCACCUACAUGUGCAGAGCUGUUAACGAGCUUGGUGAAGCCGUUACGACUUGCUCCGUUAAAGUGGAAGCUCGCCGAAGCAUUUACUACGAUACCCAGCAUCCUGAAGGGUUGGAGAAAAUUAGAGAAUUAGAAGGCCAGACUAAAUAUCAUCCAAUUGAAGUAGAGGAGAAGCCAAUCUGCAAACCAUACUUCGUCUCUGAACUAAGAGGUGCAACGGAGUACAUGGAAGGGGAUUCUGCACAUUUCGAGUGUCGUGUUGAACCAGCCUAUGACUCAGAAUUGAAGGUGGAAUUCUUUCACAAUGGCAAAUCGCUUCCUGCAGCUGCAAGGUUUCAUGUUACUCUGGACUUUGGCUAUGUAGCGCUUGAUGUGAGUCAUGUGUACCCAGAAGAUGCUGGACAGUAUACUUGCAAAGUUUCCAAUAAACUAGGGGAAGCGACUAGCAGUAUCAACAUCAGAGUACACAGUCGUUCCAGUAUCAUUUCGGAUACACAACAUCCUGAAGGUCUUGCAAAGAUCCAAGCUAUGGAAGACGAAGCUAGGCGUCCAGCUCCAGAGUACGUGGAGAAGAGGACUUUCCAGAGACCAGUUUUCACAGCACCACUCCAGAACCUGGACAUGUUGGUUGAAGGAGAUAGUGCGCAUCUGGAGUGCAGGCUGAUCCCUGUUGGAGACCCUACUAUGAAAGUAGAAUGGUUCUUUAAUGAAAAACCGCUGCAACCAAGUUCCAGAUUCCAGACGACACACGACUUCGGUUAUGUGGCUUUGGACAUUCAGUACGUUCGACCAGAUGAUAAUGGUGUCUAUAUGUGUAGAGCCACGAAUGAACUUGGUGAAGCUGUUACCACAGCAUCUGUUAAAGUCAAAACUAAGGCUUUCAUUGAGCUCCAGAGUCACCAUCCAGAGGGAUACGAAAGGAUUCAAGAAUUAGAGAACUACAAACAAGCUCCGCCUAUGGAAGAGCCAGAAAAAGUGUUCGAGAAACCUGUAUUUACCAUGCCUCUUUAUGGUCCAAGCGAGGUGAUAGAAGGUACUCCCGCCCACUUCGAAUGCCGCGUCGUUCCUAUUGGCGAUCCAGAUCUCAAGAUACAGUGGUUCGUGAAUGGAGUGGCCUUAAAACCAGCUUCCCGAUUCCGUGAGAUUCACGAUUUUGGUAUGGUGUCCUUGGACAUAUCAUCAACUAUUGCAGAGGAUUCUGGCGUCUACAUGUGCAAAGCUUACAACAAGGCAGGCGAAGCAGUAACAUCGACUUCAAUGGCCGUUAGAGCUCGGGGCGGAGUUUUGGGUGAAAGUCAACACCCAGAAGCUUAUGAACAGACCCAGAAAUUCGAAAUGGGACCCAUGCCUGUUAGUGAGCCUGAGCCUGCACCACCUAGGGCUCCAUUCUUCACCGAACAUCUGGUGAACCAUGACAAACUUAUUGAAGGCCAGUAUGUGCAUCUUGAAGCACGCGUUGAACCUGCAAAUGAUGAAAAGUUGCGCAUAGAAUGGUACAAGAAUGGAAAAACUCUUGUGUGUGGUACGCGUAUUCGAACAACAUGCGACUUUGGUCUUGUAUCCCUGGAUAUUGUGACUGUCCGUCCAGAUGAUUCAGGUAUCUACACAUGCAGAGCUGUAAAUGAAGUUGGAGAAGCCAUCACUACUUGCUCUAUGAAAGUAGAAGGUCGGGAGAAUAUCAUCUACGGUUCCCAACAUCCAGAGAGUUUGCCACGUAUUCAGGAAUUGGAGUCUAUGCAGCCAGUUAGUGCUGAGCAGAAAGAGCCCGUUUUCGAACAGCCCGUCUUUAUAUCGCAUCUCAAUAACCUUGAAUUGAAAGAAGGACAACCGGCUCAUUUCGAGUGCAGAGUCGAACCUUACAGGGAUCCUCAACUGAAGAUCGAAUUUCAGCUUAAUGGCAAACCUUUACCAGCUGCGACCCGAUUCACAGUCAGUAAAGAUUUUGGCUAUAUCACUUUGGACAUUUCACAUGUUUUAUCUGAGGAUGCUGGCAUCUACACGUGCAAAGCUUCAAAUCCAAAAGGCCAGGCAGUUACAACUGGAUCUCUCAAAGUCAUCGGAGAUCAUGAAUAUGUCAUUGAAAAGACUACUCACCCGAUGGGACAAGAAGGGCUUUCUAAAGUACGAGAAGUUGAAGAACUCUAUUUGUCGAAAUAUCAGACUCAUAUUGAAGACAAAGAAAUGCAGUAUCCAAAGCCGGUGUUUGUGGUACCUCUGCUAGAAAAAUAUAACGUCAACGAAAGCGAAGGCAUAAGGUUAGAAUGCAGAGUAGAACCUGCAGCAGAUCCCAAGCUUUUCAUCGAAUGGUUCUUCAAUGGAAAGCCAUUAAGUCUAGGCACUCGUUUCCAGUUGACUAACGACUUCGGACAAGUGGUGUUGGCAUCCACAGAUGUGUGGGCCAGAGACAGUGGUGUCUAUACAUGUAGAGCCUGGAAUGCCAUGGGCGAAGCAUUUACAUCAACUACUAUUCAUUGUGCAGCCAAAGGAACGAUCUACGAGGGCACUCUGCAUCCAGAAGGCGAAAAGGGUCUGGAAAGCAUCCAGACUUUGGAAGAAUCUCUGCUAAGACCAACUGACCAAGCUGUCACAGAAGAGAAGGGACAUCCGCCUGUAUUCACAUCUCAUUUCCAAAAUCUGACAAACUUGACAGAAGGGGAUAUUGCUCAUUUUGAGGCCACACUUGCUCCAGCUGGUGACCAGACAAUGGUAGUAGAAUGGUUUUUCAAGGGUCAACCUAUCAAAGCUGGCCACCGUAUCCGAACAGUGCAUGCCUUUGGAAUGGUCGUACUGGAAAUUCUUGGUGUUGUCAUCGAAGACACUGGGGAAUAUACCUGCCGUGCCACCAACAAGUGGGGCAGGGCCGAAAUCACUGUAAAUCUAGAAUGUGUAGACAGAAUACGUGGCCAGAAACCAAAAUUUACUACUCAGUUGCAGAGUUUGACUGGUUUGAAGGAAGGUGCCAGCGCUCACUUCGAAUGUCAUCUCAUACCUGUAGGAGACCCUGCUAUGAAAGUGGAAUGGUUCCACAAUGGAGUACCUUUGAGGCAUAGUUCACGUAUCAAGACACUGAGUGACUUCGGCUAUGUUGUAAUGGAUAUUUCCUUCGUCCACGUGGAAGAUUCGGGAGAAUAUGUCUGCGUAGCCACUAAUAAGUUUGGUUCUGACACAACUAGAUGCGUUAUAGAAUGUACUGGUCAUGGCAAAAUAUUCCGUGACACUCUGCAGCCUCAAAGUCUUGAGAAAAUCGCCGAGCUGGAAGGAUCUCAUGCCCUUUACAAGACACAGCUGUCCAUGGAAUCUAAAGUCAGAGACGCUCCUAAAUUUACUACACAUAUCAAGGAUGUUCAAAAUCUUGUUGAAGGACAGAGUGCUCACUUUGAAGCUUAUCUGACACCAAUCAACGAUCCUAAUCUUAAAGUGGAAUGGUACUUUAACGGAAAGCUUCUCGGAGCCGGUCACCGCUUCAGGACCUUCCAUGAUUUCGGUAUUGUGAUCUUGGACAUUUUAUACUGUUACGGAGAAGACAGUGGCGAAUAUAUGUGCAAAGCUACGAACAAAUUUGGAACUGAUGUGACAAAGGCAACUUUGAAAUGCAAAUCUAAGAGCUCCAUCAUCUUGGAACCACAGCUUCCAAAAGAAAUGGCGGAUAGUAACCGUAGAAUUAUGGAACUUGAAGAACAUCUGUACCGAUCUCGUUCCGAAUACACAGAGGAAAUUCAUUUGGAAGCGCCUCGAUUCACUGUGCCCUUAGAGAACAUUACUGAUCUCCGUGAGGGAGAAAAUGCACAUCUGGAAGCCCGACUUACACCAACAGAUGACCCAGAUCUAAAAGUAGAGUGGUUCAAGAACAGCAAGGCCCUCAAAGCAGGUACACGUAUUAGAACAAUCCAUGACUUUGGUUUCGUUGUACUGGAAAUCAGCCCUGUAUAUCCUGAAGAUAGUGGACUUUAUUCCUGCAGAGCUACUAAUAAAGUUGGAGAAGCCGUUACAACUUGUACGCUCAAAUGCUCUGGCAAGCGCAGCAUAAUUAUGGAUACUCAACUGCCUGAGGGUAUGGAAAGCAUGGAGAAGAUCGCUCGAUUUGAAGAUAUAUCAUCUGCGCGCAUUGCCGAACAGUGGAUGGACGUAGACGUACAACAGCCUCCAAAUUUCAUAACAAAACCUAAAGAUCUGACUCUGUCUGAGAAUACCCUUGCUCAUUUUGAAUGCAGACUCACUCCAGUGAAUGAUCCAACCAUGAGGGUAGAAUGGUACUUUAAUGGAAAGUCCCUUGUUACUGGCACUCGCGUUAAAACCAUCAGUGAUUUCGGAUUUGUCAUUCUGGAAAUUGCUGGUGUUUUCCCCAGAGAUUCUGGCGUUUAUACCUGCAAAGCUAUCAAUGCGUAUGGCGAAGCAUCUGUCACAGCUAAACUUAACGUGAAAGGCAAAAGUUCCAUCGUCAUGGAGCCUCAAUUGCCAACUGAAUGGCGAUCGGGCACCGAAAGUUUACAAAAACUAGAAGAAGCCAUGUAUAGGACUGAAGAAAUCAUCUAUGAUGAUGACAGGAAGCUUCCUCCAAAGUUCAUCACUCAGAUCCAAAACUUGGAAAACAAAGUAGAAGGAGAAUCGGCUCACUUCGAAUGCAAGCUUGAACCUGUGGGAGAUCCUACAAUGAAAGUGGAAUGGUUCUUGAACGGAAAGCCACUCACAACAGGUACACGUGUCCAUACUGUAGAUGACUUUGGCUUCGUUGUACUGGAUAUUGAUUGGCUUUUUCCACGAGAUGCUGGAGAGUACAUGUGCAGAGCCACUAACAAAUGGGGACAAGAUACCACAAAAGCUAUCCUUAAAAUUAAAAGCAAACGUGAUAUCAUCAUGGACAGUCAAUUACCUGAAGGUAUGUCUUCUGAGAAACUACGAGAGUUGGAUUAUCCUGCUCCACAAGAGGUGCCUGUUGAAGAAUCUCCUCCUCAACCACCCAAAUUCAUCACUCAGAUACAGCCACAGGAAAAUCUCCAAGAAGGGGAUAGUGCCCACUUCGAAUGCCGGCUGGAACCCAUUAAUGAUCCAAAAUUAAGAGUUGAAUGGUAUCACAAUGGAAAGCCUCUCAAAUCAGGUCACCGAUUCAAGACCACGCAUGAUUUUGGCUUUGUUGCCUUAGAUGUUCUCUAUGUAUAUGCUGAGGACUCAGGCGAAUAUACCGCUAGGGCUGUAAAUGAUUAUGGAGAAGACAUAACUCGGUCUACGCUGAAGGUAAAAGCUCAAAGACUUCUUGAAUACAGAACGCAGCUACCAAAAUCUAUGGAAACAGGAGUUCAGAAAAUUGCAGAAAUGGAAGCAUCAUGGCAGAGGGUGGUGACUGAGGAAGAAGUACCGCCUGAGCGUUGUCGUCCUAUGUUUGUAAUGAAACCUGAACCUCAAGUUGUAACUGAAGGAGAAUGGGCGAAGUUUUGUUGCAGGGUUAUUGGCAAUCCUAGACCAAGGAUCAUGUGGAUAUUAAAUGGGAAAACAAUCGGGCCUGGUUCUCGAUACAAGUUGACAUAUGAUGGAAUCUAUCAUUUGGACAUUCCUAAAAGCAGGCAAUACGACCAAGGAAAAGUUGAAGUGUUCGCCCGCAAUGCAUUGGGUGAGGCGUAUUGUUGGACAACUCUCGAAGUCAGACCAAGACACGAUGAUUAUAGAUUAGUUCUGAAAAAUUCACCAAGGCCUUGGUAUGACCAGGGUGUAAAGUCCUAUCAAAAGGUUCGAGCGGAAACAGAGUUGGAGAAGAUAUUCGAAGAGAAACUUACACCAGGUGGCACUAAAAUCGAUGUCUGGAAGACAGAGGAAAGUCAAGAAGGAGAACAUGUGAAACUUGUGAAGAGGCUAGAGGAGGAAGACACCAAAAAGUUGAUUCCAGAAGUGAAAAGAUAUAAAACAGAAGCCAUAUACGUUGAUGAAAAAGGAGAAAAGCAUGUAGAAGAUCUGUCUCAAGUGCAUUAUAUGGCGAAAACGUAUGAACAGCAAGCUCAAAUCGACAGUCAAAAGGUUAUCGUUCCUCCUCUUCCUACUUCUCCUGCGGAAAGUUCUGUCUACGGCAAAGAAGUUCUUGUAUCCAAGCAAAAACAGACACAGAAGGAACAAAAAGGAGAUUUAGAGAUUACACGUCAUAAGACUGUAACUGAAACCCGAGAACAAGAGCACAAAGCUGUAACCAAAGAAAGGAAAGUCGUUGGCGUGGUGCCUGAAACCAAGCCUCCGAUGUUCACUAAGAAAAUAGAACCUUGUCGGGCUUUUGAAGGAGAAUCAGGUAAAUUCACCUGCACUUUCGUCGGUUCUCCUGCUCCUCAUAUCACCUGGUUCAGAGAGAACUUCCCUAUUAAGGACUCUCAAGAUUUCCAGAUUACAACAACUGAUACAACUUCCACUUUGAUCAUCCGUGAAGUGUAUCUAGAAGACAGUGGUGUGUUCAGUGUAAAAGCAGAAAAUAGGGGAGGAACUGCAAAGAGUUCUGCAAAUUUAGUUGUAGAAGAACGCAAAGAGCAGGUUCGAGGAGCUAUUCCACCGAGUUUUGUGAGAACUAUUCAAGAUGCCACCGCAAAAGUUGGACAACUUGUUCGUUUGGAUGCUGUGAUAGCAGGAUCAAAACCUUUAGACGUUUAUUGGCUUAAGAAUGGGAAGAAGGUCAUUCAAGAUAUAACUCACAAAGCAAUAGAAGAAGAAGAUCAAUACACUCUUAUGGUUUUGGAAGCAGCUCCUGAAGAUGCGGGAACCUAUGAAUGUGUUGCUAUAAACAAAGUCGGAGAAGCACGCUGUCAAGCAGCUAUUCAAGUACAAGCCGUCCCUUCACCGAAAGCCAAGUCAUCUACUCCAAAAAAGACGGAGAAAAACAUUAAAGCACCUGAAUGCAUCGAACCCUUAAAGGACGCCACUGUCAAAGAAAGCCAACCAGCUGUUUUCAGAUGCCGAUUUUCGGGAACACCAGCUCCCCAAGUGAAAUGGUAUCGUGGUGAAAUUUUGGUGAAACAGUCUCGCUACUUCCGCAUGUCUGUAGAGAAUGAUGUUUACACACUUCGUAUAUCCGAAGCAUUCCCUGAGGAUGAAGGACUUUACAAGUGUGUCGCUACCAAUUCUGCUGGCACAGCAUCUACCAGUGCCAAUCUCAAAGUUGUCGUUCCGGAGGUAACAGAAGUUCCACCUUCUUUGAGUCCUUUGGCUGAUCUGACUGUUCCUGAAGGUUCUCCAGCUCGCUUUGUUACUACUGUAAGUGGGACCCCAACUCCUAAGAUAACGUGGUACAGGGAAGGCAACGUAGUCAAAGCGAGCCGAGAUUUCCAGAUGUUCCAAGAUGGUGGAUCGUGUUCAUUGGUCAUCCGGCAAACAUAUCCUGAAGACGAAGGCGUUUAUACGUGCAGGGCCACCAAUGCCAGUGGUCAGGCAGAAACCUCGGCUCGUCUGACUGUUGAAAGUAAGCCUACGUUAACUAUAGAAACCUUUCUGUUUCUUUCAGAAAAAAUUCCUCUGCAAGAAGUGGUUCCUUCCAAAGAUAAAGUGGCAAAAAAACAAAAAACAAAGCCAGAAGAAGAGAAACCCACUCCACCGAAGUUUGUCAAGCAGCCUAAACCUCAAACAGUAAAAGAAAAUGAAAAAGUAGUUUUGGAAUGCAAAGCAACCGGACAUCCGGCUCCUAAACUUACCUGGUAUAAGAAUGAUGCUCCUCUUCAGUCUUGCAGGCUUUACAAAAUUACGACCAAAAAGGAUAAAACUAGUGUACUUGAAAUAUCUUCCGCUGGACCGGUGACUGACAUUUACACAUGCAAAGCUGUAAACACUGCUGGAGAAGCUGUUACAUCUGCGACAGUCAUUGUAAAAGAAAUCGGCCGACCACCCAAAUUUACAGAGCCUCUGCAGCCGGUCUCGGCAGUUGAAGGCAGCAAAUUGGUUCUCAAAUGUGUCGUCACAGGAUUUCCUACCCCUGAAAUCAAAUGGUACAGAGAAGGCAGAGAACUACGUCCUACGCGGGAUUUUCGUCCUUCCUAUGAUGUGCAGACCGGCGAAGCUACGCUUACCAUACCAGAGGUGUUCCCUGACGAUCACGGAACAUUCACUUGCACGGCUGUCAACCAGUAUGGAAAAGACGCCACUACGUCUACCCUCACUGUCACAGAGGAUAUUGUCAUGAUCGAAAAAUCGGAUUUGUAUGAAGCUCCGAAAUUUGAGAAGCCAUUACUCCCUAUGACCGCACCUGAGGGAGAACCGCUGGAAAUGAAAGUGAAAGCUACUGGUACACCUUUGCCAAUGUUAACAUGGUAUCGUAAUAACGAGGAGCUGAAGCUCUCCAGGGAUUUCAAAGUGACCACAGAAGGUGGAGAAUCGACACUUCUGAUAGCUGAAGUCUUUCCGGAUGAUGCUGGUACUUACGGUGUCAAAGCAACUAACAAAGCGGGGCAAGCCUCCACUACAGCUACACUGAAAGUUGUCAGCGAAGUGGAGUCACCGAAAGCAGAACCCGUCCCUCCUAUCUUUACUCUUCCUCUUAUGUCUCAAUUGGUUCCGGAGGGAGAACCAGUUAAGAUGGAGGUAGAAGUCGUAGCAUCCCCGCUGGCCACUUUUACAUGGACUUUCAAAAAGAAACCCAUCAAAUCUUCCAGGGAUUUCCAAAUUACCAGCGAAAAUAACAGGUCGGUUCUUCUUAUCUGCGAAGCUUUUGCUGAUGACAGUGGGGCCUAUACUUGCAAAGCAGUCAAUGAAGCCGGCGCAGCUACCACUACAGCAACCCUGACCGUUGAGAGUCCACCCGAAGAAGAUUCAUCUGAGGCACCAACCUUUAAAGUUCCCUUAACUCCAGUCAAAGUAAUGGACGGAGAAGAGGCCAAAUUGAGUUGCUUUGUUACUGGUAUACCUGUGCCAAAGAUCACUUGGUACCACAACAACCGGGAAGUCCGUGAGAAUUCCGAAGUAUGGACAACGCAGCGAAAAGAUGGCUACUGCGAACUUUUUCUGUCAGAGGUAUUCCCAGAAGACAUGGGGGAAUAUAUGUGCAAAGCAGUUAACAAAGCUGGAGAAGCUGUCACUCGUACUCAAUUGACUGUGGAGUCUUAUGAAUAUAUACCUGAUUCUGAGAUAGCAACCGUAAGUGUUGAUAAGACCACGUCCGCUGAAGCCACUUUAGUCAGCCUGUCGGAAGAAUCGAGUGCCGAGGAACUUUCUACGAGUAUACCGGAACUACCAGAAGAAGAGGUUGCUCCGUUGUCACCUGUCAAGAAAACAGCCCCAAUGAAACCUGAAGCAGGAACAUCGCCUCGAUUUACAGUCCCGUUGGAAAACGUUGAAGCGAGACCCGGGCAUAUGAUAAGAUUGGAAUGUCGAGUGACUGGGACUCCUAAACCCAAAAUCACAUGGUACAAGUCCCGGAAAAUUCUGAGGCACAGUCCAGAAUAUCAAAUAUUCUAUGAACCAACGGGUGUCUGCACGUUAACCAUCACUCGCUGCACUCCAGAGGACAACGCAGAAUUCAGCUGUGAGGCCCAGAACAGGAAUGGCGUCGACCUCACUACAUCCAAUGUUACAGUCACAGAAUAUAAACCCAAGCCUCCUAGCUGGGCUGUUGAGAAAGAACCGAAGAAAACUGAAGAAGAAAAGCGGCCUCGCAUAGAAACCCCUUUGCAAGAUGUGUACGUAAAAACACCAGGCAAGAAGGUGACUUUAGAAUGUGUCAUCAGAGGAAUUCCUCGUCCUCAGGUAACUUGGUACCAUAACGAAAAAGCUAUCGAUGUAACGACUGGAUACUACUUGAUUUCCGAGCUAGAAGAUCGGUCAAUCUUAAUCAUUCUGAAGGUCAUAAAGGAAGUAGAGGGCAAAUACACAUGCAAGGCUGUCAACGAAUUUGGAGAAGAAAUUUCUUCAGCCUAUCUUUACAUUGGAGAAAAACCUGAAGAACCGACUAAGGAAAAACCGAAAGAGGUUGAGAAGAAACCCAAGAAACCUGUUCUGAAGAAGGCAACGGAAGAGACAACCUUUCUGCAGCGUACUAGGAUGCUGAAAGAAGAUAAAGCUGUGCCAGAACGGGCUGAACCAACUUUGAGAACCCAGAAACAUGUCCAAGUAGAACAAAUAACUGCCCAUGAGAAGCCAACAGAAGUAGCUCCAUCAGCGUUUCCGGAAGUGGAAAAAGCAGAGGUAAUAAAAGAUAUAGAUGUGUGUGUUGAUUCCGUAGAUAUAAAACAAAUUCCAACUGGCGUACCAGAACAGGUGAUUUUAUCUCAGGAUACUAAGCCUUUCCAAACAGUCACGACAAAAAUGGGCCAACUGCGAACCCAGACCGUCGCUUUUCAACAAACUAGACCGUUAACACGAUUUACACAGCAGGAUGUUUCUUUUCAGAGUAUCACGCAAACGCAAACAAUGCAAGUUUCACAAACUGAGCAAAGAAUAACGACAGAAAUGCAGAAACCAGAUGAAGUAAAAGGCAUUGACGUUACUUUAUUGCCUGCAUACAAAAGGCCAGAAAUUACUUUUGACAGCAAAGAAUAUCCGAAACCCCAGCCUGUAUAUCAAAAGCCUAUGCCAGAAAUUCCCACUGAUAUUCAAAGUUUGAAAAAGGAGAUAGCAAAACAAACUGUCGAAAAGAAAUUAGAAGAAGUUAUGCAAAAAGAACCUGUUGUUGAAAUUACAGCAUUAGAAUAUAUACCCAAGCAAGAAAUUUCUUUUGAAAGUAUAGAAACUAAAAAGCCAGAUAAGCAUCGUGAACAAAUUAUUGUUCAUAAAACGACAUCUGAACCUCAAAAAGUAACAAUGACACAAGCAGAACCAGAGAAACCACAAGCUACAGAAAUUUCUAGAACAACCUUCUUGCAACGAAAGCCGAAAGACAAACCCUUCCCAAAGAAGAUUACAAAACCUGAGGAGACACGAACAACACCAGUCAGACCAGACUAUGGAAUUGAGUACGAUGUGUUAAGCAAAGAGAAGGAAUAUGCAAAAGAGACCAUAAGUACGAAACUAUCAAGGACUGUUCAAGAAACCCCGAAAGACAUAGUUGAAAUAACGGCAUUAGAAUAUAAACCGAAACAAAAAAUUUCUUUCGAGAGCAUAGAAACAAAACAACCAGAGAAAUAUCGUGAACAAAUUAUCUUUCAUAAAACUCCACUAGAACCUCAAAAGCUAAUAGCAACCCAGUUAGAAGAUCAAAUACCACACGUUAUAGAAAUUUCUAAAACCACAUUUCUUCAAAGAAAACCGAAAGAGAAGCCUUCCCCAAAGAAGGUUACAAAACCAGAGGACACACAAAUAGCACCAGUUCAAGCGGACUAUGGAAUUCAGUAUGAUGUUUUAAGCAAAGAGAAAGAAUAUGCAAAACAGAUUAUUGGUACAAAAUUAUCAAAAGCUAUCCUAGAGACAGAAAAAGACGUGGUUGAAAUAAAAGCAUUAGAAGAAAAACCGAAACAAGACAUUACUUUUGAGAGCAUAGAAAGCAAAGAGCCGGAGAGACAUCGUGAACAAAUCACCAUUCACAAAACUCCGCUUGAAUCUCAGAAAGUAACAGUUACCCAAUUAGAGCAGGAUAAACCCCAGGUUAUACAAGUCUCUACAACUACCUUCCUGCAGCAAAAGCCAAAAGAAAAACCUUCACCAAAGAUCACAAAACGUGAACCCCAAAAACCGAAGCAAACAGACAUAGCACCAGUUAAACCCGAAUAUGGAACUGUAUAUGAUAUUUCGAGUAAAAAGAAGGAGUUUGCAAAAGAAGUUAUCAGUACGAAAUUAACAAAAGCAGUUCAAGAAGACGUAGUUGAAAUUACGACAUUAGAAUAUAAACCGAAACAAGAAAUUUUCUACGAGAGCAUAGAAACGAAAGAAGCCGAGAAGCAUCGCGAACAAAUUGUUGUUCAUAAAACUGCUCCAGAACCACAGAAACUAACAGUGACACAGUUAGAAGAACAGAAACCGCAAGUUACAGAAAUCUCUACUACUACUUUCUUGCAGAAAAAGACUAAAGAAAAGCCAUCUCCGAAAAAAGUCGCAAAACCUGAACCUCAGAAACCUGAAGAGACGGAGAUAGCCCCUGUUAGGCCGGAAUAUGGACUUGUGUAUGACGUUUCAAGCAAAAAGAAGGAGUUUGCAAAAGAGGUUAUCAGCACAAAAUUAGCAAAAGCCGUUCAAGAAGAUAUUGUUGAAAUUACGGCAUUGGAAUAUAAACCGAAACAAGAAAUUGUCUACGAAAGCAUAGAAACAAAAGAAGCCGAAAAGCAUCGCGAACAAAUUGUUGUUCAUAAAACUGCGCCUGAACCGCAGAAAGUAACAGUGACACAGUUAGAAGAAGAGAAACCGCAAGUUACAGAAAUCUCUACUACCACUUUCUUGCAGAAAAAGCCAAAAGAAAAGCCGUCUCCGAAAAAAAUCACCAAGCCUGAACCUCAGAAACCUGAAGAGAUAGCACCGGUUAAACCAGAAUAUGGAGUUGUGUAUGAUAUUUCAAGCAAAAAGAAGGAAUUUGCAAAAGAAGUUAUCAGCACAAAAUUAACAAAAGCCGUUCAAGAAGAUGUAGUUGAAAUUACGGCAUUAGAAUACAAACCGAAACAAGAAAUCUUCUACGAAAGCAUAGAAACGAAAGAAGCCGAAAAACACCGCGAACAAAUUGUUGUUCAUAAAACUGCGCCUGAACCACAGAAAGUAACAGUGACACAGUUAGGAGAAGAGAAACCGCAAGUUACAGAAAUCUCUACUACUACGUUCUUGCAGAAAACGCGAAAAGAAAAGCCGUCUCCGAAAAAAGUCACUAAACCUGAACCUCAGAAACCUGAAGAGACAGUGAUAGCACCGGUUAAACCGGAAUAUGGAAUUCCGUAUGAUAUUUCGAGCAGAAAAAAGGAGUUUGCAAAAGAAGUUAUAAGUACAAAACUCACACAGGCUGUUCAAGAAAAUAAGAAAGAUGUAAUUGAAAUUACAGCAUUAGAAUACAAACCGAAACAAGAAAUUGUCUAUGAGAGUAUAGAAACGAAAGAAGCAGAGAAGCAUCGCGAACAAAUUAUUGUUCAUAAAACUGCGCCUGAACCACAGAAAGUAACAGUGACACAAUUAGACGAAGAGAAACCACAAGUUACAGAAAUCUCCACGACUACAUUCCUGCAGCGAAAACCAAAAGAAAAACCUUCUCCGAAGGUUACGAAACCUGAACUUCAGAAACCUGAAAUGGUAGAGAUAGCACCCAUUAAACCGGAAUAUGGAAUUGCGUAUGAUAUUUCGAGCAAAAGGAAGGAUUUUGCAAAAGAAGUUGUCAGUACCAAACUUACAGAAGCUAUUCAAGAACCCAAAAAAGAUGUAGUUGAAAUAACAGCAUUAGAAUAUAAGCCAAAACAAGAAAUUUCUUUCGAAAGCAUAGAAACCAAACAGCCGGAGAAACAUCGGGAACAAAUAAUAGUUCACAAAACUAUGCCUGAACCUCAAAAAGUAACAGUGACGCAAUUAGAGGAAGAAAAGCCUCAAGUUACAGAAAUUUCAACAACUACUUUCCAGCAGCGAAAACCAAAAGAAAAGCCUUCUCCGAAAGUCAUGAAACCUGAACGUCAAAAACCUGAAGAAAUAGCACCAGUUAAACCGGAGUCUGGAAUUACAUAUGAUAUCUCGAGCAAAAAGAAAGAAUUUACAAAAGAAGUUAUCAGUACAAAACUUAUGCAGGCUGUUCAAGAAGCUAAGAAAGAUGUAGUUGAAAUAACAGCGUUAGAAUAUAAGCCAAAACAAGAAAUUUCUUUUGAAAGUAUAGAAACUAAACGGCCAGAGAAACAUCGGGAACAAAUUAUUGUUCACAAGACUAUGCAUGAACCAGAAAAAAUAACGAUAACUGAAUUAGAAGAGGAAAAACCGCAAGUAACAGACUUAACUACAACUACAUUUGUUCAGCAAAAACCAAAAGAUAUACUAAAGCCGAAAGUUCCUACUCAAGUGACAACACGUGAGAGUAAAAUAGAAGAGUCGCAUAUUGUGUGUCGUCCAUUAGAUGUCACAUCUCAAAAGUUUACUCAGGAAGUGUUUAAAACAACGGAAAGCAUCAGUCAGAUUCCAGAUGCGCAGAGGAGUACAAUCACUACCCAAGAAACGACGAUUAUAAAACAAGAACUGAUUUCAGAGAAACCUGGCACUGAAAGAAAAAUAACGAUUGAAGACAUAUCACAUAAGCCUGAAAAACUUGAAACGAUAAAAUUGCAACCGCUUAAGUUUCAGAAAACUGAAAUAAAACCCGAAGUACCUCAUUUUGCUCAAGUAAUCCUUCAAAAAACAAAAAUAAAAAGGCAAAAACCUGAAGAAAUGAAGCCAGAAUUUGUCGAUUACCAUUUAAAAUCAUUUACGAUUGGCGAAGAACCUAAACCUCAAACAGCAGAAAUUUCGAAAGCUCUAAAAUCUGUAACCACUGAAAAGACAGAAAUAACGCAUCAAGCGACCACAAAAUUUGGGUUGCGAAAGACCGAAAAGACUUUUACUAAGCCAAAAGUAGAAGAAAAGCAGCCCUUGAAGAAACCAGAAGAUCUUACAGUAACCAUGGAAACGAAAGAGAAGCCAUUCCCUCAAACUGAGAAAAUUGAGGAAGUACAGUUGAAAGAUAAGGAGAGGAAACCUGUAACGAAAGAAAGAGAAAAAAUUGAUAUUGAGUUCAAGUCACGGCAGGAAAUUGUAACGGAGGCUAUUGAAACUCGUAAAGUUACAAAAAAAUCCGAUGUAGAGAAAGAAAUAAUAUAUGAAGAGAUUUCUCACCCUGCUCAAACUUUUGAAGUAGUCAAACUGCAACCAAUUCGAUUUGAAAGAAAAGAAAUUAAACCUGAAAUACCGCUUUUCGCUCAGGUUAAGCUACAACCAGCUAAAAUCGAAAGAUGGAAACCUGAAGAAAUUAAACCUGAAUUUGUUGAUUACAAUUUAAAAUCGUUUACGCUUGAAGAGGCACCAAAACCUCUAAAGGCUGAAAUAUCUGAGCCAUUUGCUCAAGUUAAGCUGCAACCUGCUAAAAUUGAACGAUGGAAACCUGAAGAAAUUAAACCGGAAUUUGUUGAUUACAGUUUAAAAUCUUUUACCCUUGAGGAGGCACCAAAACCCCUAAGGGCUGAAAUAUCCGAACCAUUUAAACUAAAACCGAAGAAAGUAACUACUGUGGACGAAAAAGAAGAAAAAACGCAAAUCACUACUACAAAAUUUGGAUUAAAAAAGGUUGAGAAGCCAUUUAUUACACCGAAGAAGCCAGAAGAAACGAAAGUUUCAGAAAGAAAACUACAAGAUAUUUCGAUUACAUUAACUAAAAGAGAAAAACAAGUUGAUGAAACUGAAAAAGUUGUCAAAGAAAAAGUGACUGAAAGGAAAGAUGAAACAGUCGAUAUUGAGGUCUCAUCGUACAAACCCAAGCAAGAAUUAACGAUCGAAAGUAUCGGCAAACCAAAAGAAGAGGCAAUAAAAAUUUUAGAUGUAAGCGAUAAGCGUCCUAAACCUCAACGGGUCAAAGAUGAUACUACGGAAAUAACUGAAACGACAAUGACCACAAUUACUAAAUUAGAAUACAAGCCUAAAAAGAUCGAAAUUGUUGAGAAAGUAUCCGAGAAAGUAGAAACUGAAGAAAAACCUAUCUUCAAGCCAGAAAUUACUUUGAAAAGUGAAGCAAAACGAAAACCCGAAACCAAAUUCAUUCAAGAAAUAGAAACUGAUUUUGCAGUGUCAUCGAAACAAAGAAUUGUUCAAGAAAUUUCAACUCUGCCAAAGCCAAUAAAAAUAGAAUUUACAGAAUUAAAACCUGAACUAUAUGAAAGAGAGAUUCAUUUAUCUUCCACUGAAGUUGGAGUCGAUGUUACACAAAUUAAAAAGCAAGAUAUUACGUUAGAAAGUAAAGAGAAGCCUUUGCAACAUGUUGAGAAAGAAUUCGAUAUUUCGACUACACAUAAAUCUCUAACGACUACUACUAUGGGUAAAACAGUCACAAAAGGUGUCAAAUCCGUCGAAAAGGUAUCUAAAAUUAUAAAAGAUGAAGAUCAGAAGGUCGAAAUAACAUCACGGAAAAAGGGUCAGGCUGUAAUGGAAAUAGAACAAAUUACAGAAGCGGAAAAAACCGAAUUGUCUCGUUUAAAAAUGAUUUUUCCGGAAAAGAUUCAAAUGGAAGAGAUUAAAACAGUAGAUGAAGUUACUGGUCAUGUUAAGUCGCUUGAAAAGAAAGAAAUGGCACCCAUUUACAAGAUGUCUCCACGCCAAUCGUUAAUUGUAUCAGAAGUUACAGACCAACAGACUCCGGAAGAAAUAACACCGUCUGUUGCCAAAGAUGCUCACGCAUCCGUUAAAUAUACUGUUCAAGAACCACUUUCAGUAGGAGCUGUUGAAUCGGAGGAGAAACCUAAGGAAUUUGCUCCAGGUACUAUACCAGGGCAAGUUAAAGCUAGGACUACAAUAAAAACAAAAGAAUCGCUUUCAGUAUCUGAAGUACAGACUGAAGCCAUACCCGAAGAGCUACAUGUACAAGAGAAACCAACAGCAAAACAAGCUAUUUUGGAUAUGACGCAGAGAGAGACAUUCUUAAUAUCUCAAACUUUGGCAGAUGAACUUCCUGGUCAAUUUGCUGCCGGCAAACUCCCUGGUGAAGUCCAUGCUGGUAUUAAAUGGACAACCAAAAAAUCAGUUACUGUGUCAGAGACGUCCACACAACAAGAAACUGGUAUAAUGGAUGAGCCUAUAAGACCAUCUUCAGCAAUGGCUCUAGUAGGUCUUUCACAGCAAGAAUCCGUUGAAGUAUGCCAAACAACCGCUGAAGAAAAGCCUGGCCAGUUUGCUGCCGGCAGAUUACCUGGAGAGGUUCAGGCUGGUGUGAAACUAACGACUACAGAGACUAUUUCUGUUUCGGAAGUCUCAACUGAACAAAAGCCUGAAGAUCUAGUUAUUCAAAAACGAGCACCUACUGCUAAAGCAGCUGUUGGACUUUCUCAACAAGAGCCUGUCACAGUAUCUCAAGCACAACCAGAAGAAGUUCCUGGCAAAUUCGCUGCAGGCACAUUACCAGGAGAAGUGCAAGCUGGAAUAAAAUGGACAACAAAUAAACCAUUAUCAGUAUCAGAAGUUUCAACUCAACAAGAAUCGGAACAGCUUGAAAUUCAUGAAAAACCCAUCAAAGCUCAAGCUACUUUAGGCAUUCUACAGUCAGAGUCUCUUGAAGUUUCACAGACUCAUCUGGAUGAAACACCAGGCCAGUUUGCUGCUGGAAGAUUACCUGGUGAAGUGCAAGCUGGGGUGAAAUUAACUACAAGAGAAUCGUUAUCUGUCUCUGAAGUUUCUACGCAACAAGAAUCAGAACAGCUUGAUGAGCAGAAAAUGCCGUCUCAAGUUCGUGCAGCAGUUGGAGUAUCUCAGCAAGAAUCAGUCAUGAUAUCUCAACCAUUACCUGAAGAACGACCCGGUCAAUUUGCUGCUGGCAAAUUACCUGGUGAAACGCAAGCAGAUCUUAAAUUUACGACCAAAAAACCAUUAUCUGUUACGGAAGUGUCUGCUGAGCAACAGUCAGAAAACUUAGAAGAGAAGAAAAUGCCUAUCCAAGCCCAAGCAUUUGUAGGACUAACACACCAAGAGCCUAUUGAAAUUAGAGAGACAUUGCCAGAUGAAAAGCCUGAACAUUUUGCAGCUGGUAAAUUACCUGGUGAAGUGCAUGCAGGAAUAAAAGUAACGACUAAAGAAUCGUUAUCUGUAUCUGAAGUUUCUACAGAACAGAUGUCAGAAUCUCUACCAUCAGAAAAGAAACCAGCUGCAGUUCAAGCAAACUUAGGUCUUUCUCAGUUUGAGUCAUUAGAAGUUUCUGAAAUGCUAUCUGAAGAAAAACCAGGGCAAUUUGCUGCAGGAAGAUUACCAGGUGAAGUUCAAGCGGGUGUUAAGUUUAUUUCAAAAAAGCCUUUAACUGUCUCAGAAGUAGCUACGCAGCAAGAAUCUGAAGAGCUUGAAAAGGGGAAGAAACCAGCCGAAGUUGUAGCAUCAUUAGGUAUUUCUCAACAAGAACAUUUGGAAGUCUCUGCUGCCGUGUUAGAAGAGAUGCCAGGACAAUUUAGUGCAGGUAGACUUCCAGGUGAAGUCCAGGCUGGAAUUAAAUUCACUCAUAAGGAGUCAUUAUCAGUAUCGGAAGUUUCUACUCAACAAGAAUCUGAAGUCUUACUAGAUAAAAAGAAACCUGCAACAGUACAAGCUUCUUAUGGUCUUUCUCACCAAGAAUGCAUAGAAGUAUCUGAAACUUUACCUGAGGAAAAACCAGGCCAUUUUGCUGCAGGUAGGUUACCAGGUGAAGUGAAAGCUGGAAUCAAAUUUAAGGCAAGUGAAUCAUUAGCAGUUUCUGAAGUUUCUACUCAACAGCAAUCCGAAGAUUUAACUGAAAUGAAAAAACCAGUUGCGGAAUCAGCAGCUUUAGGUGUUUCACAUCAAGAAUCUGUUCAGGUUUCCGAAACACUCCCUGAAGAAAAGCCAGGACAGUUUGAAGCAGGAAAACUGCCUGGUGAGGUUCAAGCAGGCGUUAAAUUAACUACAAAAACUUCUCUAUCAGUUUCAGAAGUAUGUACAGAGCAAAUAUCUGAAAACCUUGAAGUUAAGAAAAAACCAACAACCGUACAAGCAUUGAUUGGUUUAUCACAGCAAGAAGGAAUAGAGAUACAACAGACUACAGCUGAAGAAGUUCCAGAAAAAUUUGCUGCUGGUAAGCUUCCAGGAGAAGUCCAGUUGGGUAUUAAAUGGACAACAAAGAAACCUUUGACUGUUCUAGAGACAUCUACAGAGCAAGUACCUGAAAAAUUGGAACCUCAGAAAAAGCAUCCAGGUGUUAAAGCUGCAAUCACACUUUCCGCACAGGAAGGUUUUGAGAUAUCUCAGACUUUAGUUGAAGAGAGACCUGGACAAUUUGCUGCCGGUAAACUUCCAGGUGAAGUUCAGGCAGGUGUCAAAUUUACUACUGAACAACCGAUAUCAGUUUCUGAAGUAACAACGGAACAGAAAUCCGAACACUUACCAGAAGCAUCUAAACCAGUUGAAGCUCAGGCGUCAGUUGGUUUACCACAAUUAGAAGGCAUAGAAGUUUCUCAUACUCUUCCAGAAGAAAGGCCUGGGCAUUUUGCUCCUGGAAAACUUCCUGGAGAAGUACAGGCUGGGGUUAAGUUUACAACGAAAGAAUCAAUAAACGUUUCAGAAGUUUCUACGGAACAAACAUCAGAAGAUAUAAUUAAAGCAGAAAAACCACAAGAAAUCACAGCAGGUGUUGAAUUAAUUACUAAGGAGACAGUAGCAGUUUCAGAAGUUAUGCCAGAAAUGAAACCUAGCGACUUUGAAACCCAAGAGAUUCCUGCCGGUUUUAGCGCAGAAAGUAAAUUUGUGUCUAAACAAACAGUUUCAGUUGAAGAAGUUGUUACAGAACUCAGUACCAGCGAUCUGAAACUUGCAAAAAAACCAACUAGUAAAAAAUUAGAUUUUGAGGUUAUCAGUACCGAUUCUUUAUGUGUAUCUGAAACUGUCACUGGUGAUAUUCCAAAAGAUCUUGUAAGAAAAGAAACUCCUUCUGGAGAGAUUGCUAAAGUCACUGUACCUCAUCAAGAAUCAGUGGCUGUUUCAGAAAUUACUUCGGCAGAUUUCCCAUCGGAGUUAACUCUUGAGAAAAAACCUGCAGAAGUAACAGCCCGUACAAAAUUUUUACCAAAAGAUUCUUUGGAUGUUUCCGAAGUAACAACUGCAACCAGCACAAAAGAGCUUGUUCCUGAGAAAGCCCCUGAACAGGCAUCGGCUUUAAUAUCUUACACACAUCAACAAUCUUUCGCUGUACAAGAAACGAAAACAGAAGAAAACUUUGAAGAUUUUCCAGAGCAGAAGAAACCAAAGGAGAAGAAAGCAGGCUAUGCUUUAACUAAAAAUGAUCAUAUCAGUGUGUCUGAAAUAAUCACAGAGACUCAGGCCAGUGAAUUGUUGGUUGAUAAAGCUCCUGUUGGCUCAACGGCUGUUUUCUCACUAACAUCUACUGAACAUGUAUCGAUCUCGGAAGUCACUUCGGAGACUAAAGCAGAGAAUUUAGAUGUUUCUGAAAAAAUCCUUCCAAGUGUUGCAAAAGUAGCCCUUUCACCUCAUGAAUCUUUUAUAGUAUCAGAAGUCAUAGAGGAAACAAGGGCUGCUUCGCUAGAAAGAGAGAAGGCACCAGCUGAGGCCAGCGCUCGAGUUAAGUUCAUCCCAGAGCAACAUGUGGCAGUGUCAGAUGUUGAAACUCAAGCUGUGACCGGUGAGCUCGUGGAAGAGAAAAAGCCAGAUACCAAACAGGUCGAAAUGGUUGUAUCAUCUCAACAUACUCUGAGCGUUUCAGAGGUCCAAACGCAAGAAAAGGCAAACGAAUUUAAACCAAAUGAGCUUCCUGGAACCCAUAAAGUAGAUAUAUUAUUGCCAGCGGAAGUCGCUACAGAAGUGUCCGAAGUACUCACGCAAGGUCAUACAAAGGACCUGAAGGACGGUGAACUUCCAGGAACUGAGAAAGCAGAAAUAUCUAUCCCAUUCGAAUUAGCAAUGCAGGUACUGCAAGUACUGGAGAAUAGUUCUGUCGGCGAUAUAAAGCCUCAAGAAAUGCCUGGAACUAAGAAAGCCAAUGUUUCCAUUCCGUCUGAACUCGCAACUCAGGUAAUGGAAGUGUUAGCUGGCAGCUCUGUGGGAGAUCUGAAAGUUCUGGAAAGACCAGGAUCUAGGCAAGCUGACGUGGAGUUCUCCCCAGAUAUCGCUGCUGAAGUGUCCAUGGUCGUACCUCACAGCACUUUCCAGGAACUGAAGGCGGGUGAAAUACCGGGUUCCAAAGAAGCAGAAGUCAGUGUGCCUUCCGACGUCGCUAUGCAAGUCUCAGAAGUGACAACCCAGGGAUCACUGGUAGAACUGUCGGAAGAAAAGCCAAGCACUGCAACAGCUCAAGCAAGCAUACCGUCUGAGUUGGCUAUGCAAGUGCUGGAAAUACUUAGCAAUAGCUCUGUUGCAUCUCUCACUGCAGAUACCAUGCCGGGCGCAAGAAAAGUCGACGUCAUUCUGCCUUUUGAAGUGGCAACACAGGUAUAUGAAACACUGGCUCACAGCUCACUGGGUGAUAUGAAACCGGAGGAGAAACCUUCAGCUUACUCGGCUGCUGUCGGGGUCGUUGAAAAAGUAUCUGUACAGGUAUCUCAAGUAACUCCAGAUCUUGGACUGGGUGAUGUUCAAUUGGAGAAACUUGUGCAACGAAAGGCGACACAGUCUGCAAAACCAGAUCUUCCCAUGGCUCAAUCUGAAACUGUCCAAGUUCUAGUGAUGGCAGGAGAUGAAAAACCCUCAAGGGAAGAAGUGAAGAGACAUCGGGCUGAAGUUGCUCUACGUCGUAAAGUGAAGAAAGAGGAUGAAGUGAUAAUCUCAGAAGAGGAGGAGGAGGAAAAGAAACAGAAAGGCAUCGAUGUAAAAAUACGUUCUGCUUCUCGCGAUACUAAUGGGGAACUAAAGACAGUUUUAACACGAACAACUGAAAAUGAAACCGACAUAAGGGACGCGGAAAUAGAUAUUGACUUGACAUCUAAAAUAACAACACCGAUUGAUGUGCGUUCUUCAAAAGUCGACAAACGCACUUCGAUUCUCAAAGUUACAAAAAAGGGAAAGCGGGUAGAUUUGAUCGAAGAAACGGAUUUGUAUAAAACAGGCAUUGAGUUCGAUAGAGAAUAUGAAUCUACUAUAAGGAUAAAAGAAAAGCCCGAAGAGGAAAUAGUUGUUGAAUUGGUUGAAGAUAAGAAAAUACCUGAAGAAGAUCUGAAGAAAACUUCUGCGAAACUGGAGAAAACUCGAAAAUUAGAAAUAACUGAAUUGGAUACCGAAGAAGAGAAACCAGUUCCAAAGAAACCAUUGUCUAUCGACACAAUAAGUAAACGAAGUGUCACUGAGGAAAUUGAAGUAGUUUUGCAACCAGACGAAAAAUCGGAACUCUAUCGGGAUAGCAUAAGAUUAGAGAAAGAUAAGAAGCCUGAAUUUGAAGCACGAGUGUCGUUGCAAGAAAUCUCAGAAACUGAGAGUCUUAAAAAAACCAAACCAAAAGAUAAGGAAAAAGCGAAGAUUGAGACCAAAAAGAAAUCACGACCUGAAAAAUCUGAAGACCAUCUGGAAAUGAAACUUGAAGACGAGGACAGACCAGAAGAAACGUCGCUUAAAAUAAAAAAGAAACCUCGUGAUAAAUUCGAAGAAGAAGCUCGUCUCGAAAUAAAGCCUGAUGAUAAAGAUACAACAGAAAAGGUAUCGCUUAAGACGAAAAAGAAACCUCUUGAGAAGUCUGAAGAUGAAAUUUAUCUGGAUAUUAAACCUCAAGAUAAAGAUGUAGUAGAAAAGAAGACAGUUAAGAAGAAGCGUCGAGUAGAAGUUGAAGAAGUUCAUGUAGAAAUGAAGCCUGAAGAUAAGGAUAAAAUAGAAAAAAUAUCGUUUGAGAUUGAAAAGAAGCCUCAUGAAAAGUUGGAAGAAGAAGUCUGUGUGGAAAUUAAACCUGAAUACAAGGAUAAAACAGACAAAAUAUCGCUUGAGAUGAAAAAGAAAUCUCGUGAAACUUUUGUAGAAGAAAGUCACGUAGGGAAGAAGCCUGAAGACAAGGAUAUAGCAGAAAAGGUUUCCCUCGAGGUGAUAAAGAAGCCUCAUGAGAUGUUUGAAGAAGAAGUCCAUUUGGAUAUGAAACCUGAGGAUAAAGAAAAAACAGAAAAGGUGUCGCUUAAAAUGAAAAAGAAACCUUGUGAUAAGAUUGAAGAAGUGCAUGUGGAAAUAAAACCAAAAGAGAAAGAUAAAACAGAAAAGGUAUCGAAAAUGAAAAAGAAACCUCGUGAUAACCUUAAAGAAGUCCAUCUGGAUAUGAAACCUGAACAUAAAAAUGAAAUAGAGAUUUCUAAAGUUUCAGUUACCCUAGCGAAAGAAGAGCAUCCUGAGGAGACUGAGAGCAUAAUUAUAGAAAAGAAAAAGAAACCGGAUCAGGAAAUCAAGAUUGAUGCUAAAGCAAAAAGCGAAAAAGUGUCUACAGUAAUAGAUCUAGAAAAAGAGUUUUUAAGCCGAACAAAACUAGAUAUUUCUCCAGCGGAAACUGAUAAAUCAGAAGAAAAUAUCGUUCUUUUUGAAGCGGAAGUUGUAGAAAAUGUUCCCGAAGAACAUUUAGCUAAACCCGAUAUCGCUAAAGUUUCUUUUGUAACUCACAGUCCGUUAACUGUUACUGCUGUUAUGUCCGAAAGUAGAGAAGUAACUUCUCAACAUAUUACUCCAGAAGCAAAAACUGCUUUGUCAAGUUUGCUCGAACAAAGUGCUUUAAUAGUUUCUGUGACGAAACCAGAAACAAAAGAAGAAGCUUUUUCAAAGAAACCAGAGUUACACAGAAAAGCAGAUAUGGAAUUUUUAGCUGAAAAUUAUAUUACUGUAACUGAAACAAAACCUUCGGAUGUGGAAGAUGAAUUAAAAAUAGAUAGUGUUGUUAAGUCUCUUGCGAAAUGUCUGAUAUCACCUGCAAAGCAUAUGACAAUAGAUGAGAUAAAUAUUCAAGGAAUGGUUUCGAAACUUAAGUUAGAAGAAGGACCUAAACAUCAAGCAUUUUAUAACAUUCAGACAUCUCAACCUAUAUCUGUCGAAGAAAUUAUUUCAGGCACAAAGGAAUUACCACUCUCUCUUGAGCGACUGGAUGCCCAUAAAGCGAUAUCAGAAAUCAGUCCUUUAAGACAUCUCGAAAUAUCAGAGACUCAUUCAGAAAGUCACUCUGUUGAUCUCAAACAACCAUUCCAUGUAGCACAAAAAGCAACACAAAAAAUAACAACACAAGAUGCUAUGAUUGUGGAGGAAAUUGAUGUAUCUGGUAUUGGCAGUGAUAUGCAGGUUCACGAGGCAAAAGCAAAAAAUGCAAUCGAGAGGGUUAUUUUAGGCCAGGGACUUUCAAUCACUGAAGUAUUACCAGAAGUAAAGGAAACAAGCAUAAGCCCUGUUAUGUUGCCCAAACCAGUGACAGCAUCCGAAACUAUGCCGAUCGAUUCAUCUAUAGAAGUAUAUGACACUUUUCUUCUUAGUAACGUAAAAGAAAUGCCUCAACACGUACCUUCUUUAAACACUGCUGAUGUUAAUUUCGUUGCGAAUGAAAAUAUUUCUGUCAUGGAAACAACACUAGCUCAACAAGAAGGAAAUCUUGAAAUGCCUCACAAAAUUUCAGAAGUGUUUCCCAAUUUGAUACUUACAACUGGCCAAAGUGUGCUAGUAUCGCAGAUCUACCCUCAUGACAAAGAAUCAACUUAUAGUCCAAUUAAAACAGCAGCCCUUAGUGUAAAACCUAAGUUUAUUAAAAGUGAAGCUAUUGAUAUAACAGAAGUUUCUCUUAGUGACAAGGAGAUAAAUCUAUCAAUACCUACAACCAAAGCAGAGUUGACAGCCACAAGUUCUGUGUCAUUAGCAGAGGCUGUCAUUGUAACUGACACUCAAGUUCAGUCCAAAGAAAGGCCUGGGGUAGUUGUAGAAUAUGAGGUUAAAAAAGCAUCUGAAGCAUCCAUGCCUUCAAAGUUUGCGGUAACAAUCACAGAAACUGAAAUUUCUGAAAGCAGUGAUAUUUUACCAAAACCGAAAACAUAUACAGAACGUCUUCAGACUCGCUUCAUUGCAGAAGAUGCUGUGUUAGUAGAAGAAGUUUGCUUAGAGGAUAAAGAAGGCGCAAUGAAACCUGAAGCAAAACCCAAUCCCAAACAUAUAGCUUCCUCCUUUGUUCCCGAACGCGCUCUGGAUAUUAGUAUUGGAGAAACGUUCGAUAAAGAAACAAUAUUCGAAGAAAGAUCAUCCAAAUCAUUUUGUGCAACAGAGACUUUGCAAACAACAGAUGGUGCAAUACAAGUAUAUUCUGAAAAUUACCAAAAAGAUGAUCGACUGGAGACGAUAGAAGAGGAUGUUACAAAACGUUUCGCUGCUGCUGAGUAUUCAACUCAUUCAGCCAUCUCUGUUUUCGAAGCCGGCACCCAAAUGCGUGAAGAAAUUUUAGAGGAAGAUAUAAAGCCACUUGAAUCUGCGGUAGCGAAAGAAAGCUUGCCAGCGCAGAAAUCAGCACUUGAAAUUUUGGAAACUCAGAGCGUAGAUCAAGAAGGAGCGUGGUCUAAGGAUUGGCGACCUGAAGGGAAGUAUGCAGAGAGAGAAUUACAGACUGAAGAAGCUUGCACAGUUUCUGUUACAGAAACAAAUGUUGCAGAAGAGAGUUUAGAAAUAGACACGAAACCAAUGUUAAGAACUCCGCGUUUUAACGUGAUAUCGCAAGAAGCGGUAUCAGUAUCAGAAACUACGACCCAUAUGAAGGAAGGUGGAAUAGAAACUCAUAUAAUGCCUCGAGGAACAAUAGCAACGAAGAGCUUAAUGGAAGAGGUGGCGCUAGAAAUCUUAGAAACAGAACUUGGUUUGAAAGAAAGUGAUUACAAACCUCUUCCAUUACCAGUCGGUAAUAAACUGACGCCUCGUGUCGAAUACAAACCAGAGAAAGCAGUAAGUGUUACCGAAAUGCAACCUAAUGUAAUGGAAGGAUUAUUGGAAAAGCAAGUCUUUAAAACAGAUAAAGUAAACAUUUCUCUAGGAGAAAAAGAAGCAAUAUUCAUCGAACAAAUUUCGCACAUGGGACAAGUAGAUGAGCUACGUGACAUGCAUCCUGAGUCGAAACAUCUUCAAGUCCAAAUGGCACCCCAAGAGGCCUUAGAAGUAUCGGAUGUGAAGACAGAACAUAAAGAAAGCAAUCUGCUAAUCGAAGAUAAAUCAACCCUUUAUAAUGCAGAUGUGAGUAUUAUUCCUCGAGAAGCGUUAUCGGUUAUCGAAAUCAAAUCAGCUUUGCGUGAAGAAGAUUUUCUAGAAACUCUUACACCUGCAUAUAAGAAAGCAUCGCCUUCUUUGCAAAUAGAACAAGCUCUAGCUGUUGAAGAAGUCGAAACUGCAUCUUCAGAGAAUGAUCUAAAACAGCAAGCGAAGCCUUUUUCAUCCCAAGCUAAUAUUUCUGUUAUUGCAGAAAAAGCUGUAGAAGUAUCUGAAGUUCAGUUGAGUCAUGUUAGUGAUGAUAUAACAGAUACCAAGUUACCUGAUAUAAAGACUGCAUCUAAAUCUUUAGAAACAGGAGCUAGCUUGAUUGUUCAAGAGAUUACUUUAGCAGAAAUCACUGAAACUUGUGAAGCACGAUUAGAUUUCUCAAGCUCAAAAUCUGCAAACCUGUCAUUGGAGCAACACGAAACUGUUUCAGUUUCCCAGGUGGAAUCUAUGCUUGGUGAAACUCAUAUGCCUGACUUCCGUUUACCUCGACCAAAUCAAAUAUCCGCUUCCCUUGCAACAGUUGAACCGCUGGAAGUGAGCUCUGUACAUGUUUCGGAGGGAGGAAAGGAAAUGAAAAUUUCCGCCAAACCCGAAAGUGACAAGGCCGGGUUUUCGUUUCCGCAAAUUGAAACAUAUACUGUAUGCUCCGUGCAAACAGGUGAUACUGUAGCGGAUACUCCUGUCUUACCUCAUCCAGACACUGCCGAAGGUAGCCUCAGUGUAGUAUGUAAUCAGUCGGUGGGAAUUUCUGAAGUUCUUACCAAUACUAGGGAGGUAUCGUUAGAAGUAGAAAAAAUGAAAUUACCUGUUUCAGCAGAUAUAUCAUAUAGUGCCCCACACGUACCAUUAACAGUUUCUGAUGUUCAUGUAAAAUCUGAAACACAUGAUUUAGGUAUGAUGGCACCCAUCACACAUAAGGCCGAUGAAUAUGUAUCAGUGAAAGAAAGUGUUGAGAUUUCGGACGUAACAAUAUCAGAAAGUACACACGAAGCUGGGGCUACAGACAUACCACAGCGAAAAGCGGCGCUUUUAACACUAAUUCCAAAACACACAUACACUUUUUCAGAACAUGAAACGUUAGGUUCAGAGACAACACUAAUACCAGAAAAGUUAAAUAUUUCUAAAACUUCACCGUCCUUAGUUCCCCAUGAAACCGUAGAAAUAAAUAUUUCAAAAUAUGCUAUCAAAGAAAGUCAACUUCUUCCAGAUGUUUUUCCAAAAAAUCAAACUGCAAAACAAAUUGUUUCUCCUUUCGACCACUUGGUCAUAGAGGAAGCUUUAACACAGCAAAUACCAGGAAUGUAUGAACAACAGCUACGGCCGGAGGAAAAAGAAGCUAUAAAAAGUUUUGUCUGCUACAGUCAUCUGGCAACGUCUUUCCAGCAAACGUCAGGCACAUGCGAGAGUGAGCUUAUCCUUGAAAGUAAAGCUCAAACUCAUACUGCCGAUAUUCAUAUCACACCAAAUCAGCCGAUUGAAGUUUCUCUUACACAACCGGAAACAAAGGAAAGUACUUUUACUUCAAAAAUUUUAACUUCCAAAACUGCAAAAUCAAGUGUUCCUUUUGCUGAAGCAGUAAUUACUGAAGAAGUCACGCUUUCUGCGGGUACCGGAGAGUAUGUCGUAGUCCAGCCUUCCAAAGAUGUCGCAAAAGUCGACUUUACGAAUGUUGUAUGCCCUUCUGUUUUAGAAGUUAGCACAGGGGAAGUAGAAUCUAUGCUUAAUAUACCUACGUUACCUAAACAACAUUCCCUAGAUUUUCAAGUAACUUCACAAGAAUCUUUAACCGUUGCAUUUGUUCAAGCAGAUGAUACUUCAGAUAUCCUGGAAGGUGAUUCUAUGCCAUCAACAAAAUCUAUGACAGCUGUUCUUCUGCCAAUGCAACCCUGCGUGGUAGAAGAAGUCACUACCGCUUCUAAAGAAGCUGAAUUGUCGGUAGAACAUAAGCUACGGCCAGAAGAAGCCUCAGAGGCCUUCCUUGCCCAUGAAGCAACUUCCGUUUCUGAAAUCGUAACUCAUUACAAAGAAGACGCUUUGCAUCCACGAGCUAGGAUACCCAGUGCAGCCGCUGACGUUUCUGUUUCUCGGCAGUUUGGCAUAGAAGUCUCCAGUACUAUUGCAUCUGAACAAGAAAUUUGUUUAAAAGAUAUCCCUAUUCCAAAAGAGCAGCAUGCAGAAAGGGAGCUGUCUUCAGUAUUUGCAAUGAGUGUUGGAGAACAUGUAGUCUCGGAAUUAACAUCUCCUGCCACUUUACCCUUAACUUCAGUACUAGAAGAAAUUGCCGAUGUCCAGGUAGCAUCUAAUUAUCCAGUUUCUAUUUCAGAAACGGCGUCAGAACUCCAUGAAACAGAUCUCAAAGAAACAGUGAUGGCAUCAAAGGUAGCGGCAGUAUCACUUUUAGAAAAUGUAACAGCAUCAGUAGAACAGAUAUCUGUUUGUGAUACAUCUUCUGACCUAAAACCGGAUAUCAAACCUGCCACCCACAAAGCAGAUACAGUACUUAUACCUCAAAAGUCUAUUAUUGUGAAAGAAACACAAUGGGAUCAGAAAGAAACUCUAUUCGAGCGGGAGAAACUACCUCUUCAAGAUGCUAAACAGCACAUAUCCCUGACAAGAGCCGUAGAGAUAUCAGAAUAUUCUUCUCAGACCAAAGAGGAGGCGUUAGCUCCUCAGAUUAUGCCACAGACUCACGAAGUUGAAGUUAUCGUGCCAGCGGAGGAAGCAUUAAGUGUUACAGAAAUAAACGUGGAUGAUAUAACUGGUAAACUUUCUCUGAAGAAUAUACCAAAAGAAGAUUUUGCUUCAUUACAGUUGUCUUUACAUGAAACUGUCUUAGUUGAAGAACAAAAACAAGCAGAAAAAGAAGCUGAUAUUAAAAUAAAAGAAUUACCUGCGUCUAAAAUCGCCUUACCAAUUUUACCGCUUAAGAAGCAUUUACAUGUAUCUGAAGUUACAGCUGGCACUACAUUUGAGCAGUUGAUUGUGCAGGAAACUCCAAAGGAAAUCACAGCCGAUGUGCUGCUUUCAACUCAGCAGAGUAUUGUAGUUUCAGAGACGACAUCUGGGAUUAGAGAAGACACCUUAAUCCAGCCACAAGCACCAAAAGAACACAGAGUGGAGCCUGAAUUUUCAGAAAUUCAACCUUUGUAUACUUCGGUAACAGAAACAGAAACAAGAGAACAGGAAAUGCUUCCAGAAAAGAAACCCAUGGAAGGCCAAGCUAUGAUAAGCGUAAGGCCUGAAGAUAGUGUACAGAUUUCUGAAGUACAAACUCAUUUGAAAGAAGGAGUAUUUAUACCAUCUGGCCCUACUGGUGAGGUUCUUGUACCAUUUUCUUUACCAACUGAGGAGCAUAUAACGGUUUCAGAAGUGCAGAUAUCUAAUAAAGAAGGCGAUUUAAAACCUUCAGAAAAACCAAAAUUAUUCAGUGCCGAUGUUUCGGUAUCCCAGGUUAAGCAUCUGACAGUUUCUCAAGUAGAAACACAAUUAAAAGAAGAUGAAUUCAUUCCUGUAAAAAUUCCCGAUAUGUUAAGCGCUGGAAUGACAAUACCAAGCAAAGAACACGUAGUAAUAACUCAAGUUGAUUCUGAAAUGAAAGAAAGUAUACUGAAAACCAAAGAAAUGCCUGCUGGCACGGUAGCUGAUGUACAAAUGCCAACAGCGGAACAUAUUGUCAUAAGUGAUGUUAUUUCAGAAGAUAAAGAAGGAACGCUGAAUGUUUUGAAAACACCAAAAUCCAUAUCGGCUAAAUUUACUCUUCCCGUCGAAGAACCUAUUCACGUUUCUGAUAUUAUGGUUUCCCAAAAGGAAGGACUCCUAGAAGAAUUGAAAAUACCUGAUACAGCAACAGCUCCUUUUACUAUACCGACAGAGAAACAUGUCACUAUUUCACAGACUGAAACAUCUGUCAUGGAAGAAAAAUUAGUAGUAGAUAAAAUGCCAAAUACCGUUACUGCAGGAAUGUCUGUUCCUCUUGAAGAACAUAUCGUGGUCAGUGAAACUCCUUCGGGUGAAUUUGAAGAAACUCUCGAUAUUCAAAAACUUCCUCGAGCACUUACAGCAGAUUUUACAGUUCCAACUAAAGAGCACAUAAUUGUUAGUGAAGUUCUAACUCCAGUAUCUGAGGACACACUAGCACCCGAUAAGAAACCUUUACAAUACUCAGCAGAUCAAAAUUUAAUAUUUGAAGAACAUAUUACAGUAUCAGAAGUUGAAACCGCAAGCAAAGAAGCCGUGCUUGAAGAAAAAACGAAACCAAAAACUGACGCAGCUGGCGUAAGCGUACGCACGGAUGAACAUGUGGUCGUAUUUUCUGUGCAACCUAAUAUUGGAGAAGCAGAAUAUAUUGCAGCCCCUAUUGGACAAAAUGCUGAAAUGAACGUGCCCGCUGAAGAACAUGUAACAGUGCUUGAAAUUACAUCAAAUGUAUCGGAGCAAGAACUUAAAGAAGAAAUGAAGCCAUCUACCGCCAAAGCUGGUUUCAGUUUUCUUACUGAAGAACAUGUUUUCACAUCUGUUGUUGAAACUAGUUUAAAGGAGGAUGUUUUCAUGAAAGAUAAACUUCCUGCAACAGUAAAGGCAAAAGCUACUUUGCCAGCAGAAACACACGUAAUUAUUUCUGCUGUAGAAACAGAAGACAAGGAAGGGGAUCUUCAAACUAGAAGAAUUCCUGAUGAAGUCCAAGCUGGCUUCUCUUUAACUACUUUAGAACAUGUAACCGUCGGAGAGAUUCAGAGCCAGUCCUCUGAGAAGGAACUUGCUCCUGAAAGAUUACCUUCCACCGUUGUUGCAGAUAUGUCUGUGUUAAAGAAAGAGCAUAUAACAGUAUCUGAAGUUUUAUUGGACAUGAAAGAGGGUGAAGUCUCUGCGUUUAAAGCACCAGCAAGUGUUAAAACAGAUUAUUCUAUAAAAACUGAAGAACAUGUUAUUGUUGGAAAAGUUGAUGUUCAGUCUAAAGAAAAAGAAUUGAUACCAGAAAAACUACCAGCGUCAUCUAGAGCAGACUUGAGCGUAUCUACUCAAGAACAUUUAGAAAUUAUAGAAACACCCAUUCAAAUGAAGGAAAGUGAACUUGCACCAGACAAAAUACCGCUAAGCGCGUCAGCAAAACUUACAAUACCAUCUCAAGAACAUGUAUCCAUAUCCGAUGUCCAGGAAACAACUCAGACGCAAGAACUAACACUUGGACCAUAUGCCAUUCCUGCAGAAGCUGAAAUCAAAGUAUCCCCUGAAGAUCAUCUUAUAAUUUCAGAAAUGGUAGUUAGUCAAAAAGAAGGAGAAGUGCUUGCAUUAAAGAAGCCACAAGAAGUUCAGGCUGGCUUUACGGUUCCAACCGCUGAGCACAUCGUCGUUUCUAAAGUAGUUGCGGAAAGUAGAGAAAGCGAUCUAGCGAAAGAUGAGCUUCCUUCUCAAGUGAAAGCAGAUUUCUGUGUACCAGGAGUUGAGCAUGUUACUGUUUCUGAAGUUUUAUUAGAUAUGAAAGAAGGUGAAGUUGAAAUAUUCAAAAAGCCUGCAACUGUCAAUCUAGAUUACUCUCUAAAAACUGAAGAACAUGUUAUUGUAGGGAAAGUAGACGUUCAGUCAAAAGAAAAAGAAUUCGCGCCAUCGAAGUUGCCUCUGUUUUCUACAGCAGACUUUAGUGUAUCUACUCAAGAGCAUUUAGAAGUUACAGAAACACCCAUUCAAAUGAAAGAAAGCGCACUUGCACCAGAUAAAUCACCUCAAAGUGCAUCCGCAAAAUUGACGAUACCACCUCAAGAGCAUGUGUCAGUUUCCGAUGUACAAGACACAGUUCAAACUCAAGAAUUACUGGUUGCGCCAUCUGUCGCUCCUGCUGAAGCUGAAAUCAAAAUAUCCCCAGAAGAUCACCUCAUAGUUUCAGAAAUGGUAGUCAGUCAAAAGGAAGGCGAAGUUGCUGAAUUAAAGAAACCACAAGAAAUGCAUGCAGGCUUUACGGUACCAACUGCUGAACAUGUUAUUGUUUCCAAAGUGGUUGCGGAAAGUCGAGAAAGUGAUUUAGUCAGAGAUGAGCUUCCAUCUCAAGUCACAGCUCAUUUCCGAGUACCAAGUGUUGAGCAUGUUACCGUUUCUGAAGUUUUACUAGAUACGAAAGAAGGGCAGGUUGAAGCAUUCAAAAAACCGGCAACUGUCAAUCUAGAUUAUUCCAUAAAAACUGAAGAGCAUAUUAUUGUAGGGAAAGUAGAUGUGCAGUCGAAAGAGAAAGAAUUUGUACCAGCAAAGCUGCCUAUUUCUUCUUCAGCAGACUUAAGUAUAUCUACUCUAGAGCAUUUAGAAAUUUCAGAGACGCCCAUUCAAAUGAAGGAAAGCGAACUUGCACCAGACAAAUCACCACAAAGUGUAUCUGCAAAGCUGACAAUUCCAUCUCAAGAACAUGUAUCGGUCUCCGAUAUCCAAGAAACGACUCAGACGCAAGAAUUAACUCUUGCACCAUCUGCUAUUCCUGCUGAAGCUGAAAUUAAAGUAUCCCCUGAAGAUCAUCUGAUAGUUUCCGAAAUGGUAGUUAGCCAAAAGGAAGGAGAAGUUGCUGAGUUAAAGAAACCUCAGGAAAGGCAUGCAGGCUUCACCGUACCAACAGCCGAACAUAUUAUUGUUUCGAAAAUAGUAGCAGAAACCCGAGAAGGGGAUUUAGCCAGAGAUGUACUUCCAUCUCAUGUAACUGCCGAUUUCCGAGUGCCAGGCAUGGAGCAUAUUAUUGUUUCACAGGUUGAAGCUGGGACCGCUGAGGAAGAACUCAAAGAGGAAUCUAAACCUCUAUCAGUGAAAGCAGAGUUUACUCUUCCGACGUCAGAGCAUGUAGUCGUAUCAGAAACAGACCUGAAUGUGAAAGAGAGCGAAAUGGCUGCGUUCGCAAAACCCAAAGUGUCUAAAGUUGACGUUACGUUGCCAUCAGAGAAACACAUUGAAAUUAGUGAAGUAGAGAUCGACGUAAAAGAGAAAGCAUUUGCUCCUGACAAAGCACCAUUAACUGCUCAAGCAUCGUUUACUAUACCAACUGAUGAGCAUGUCAUUGUUGUGGAAACUGCUACCCAUCAAAAGGAGAAUACGUUAGCAGCAGAUCGCAGGCCUUCAGAAGCAAGUGCUGAUGUGACUGUAUCAUUUAAAAAGCAUGUGCUUGUUUCGGAAGUGCAAACUGAAACUAAAGAAGAUGUAUUUGAUGAGCUGGCACCUAAAAGAGUGGUUGCUGAUUUGACUGUUUCUCCUGAGGAGCAUGUCAUUAUAAUCGAAACGCAGUCGCAGACAAGAGAAGAAACUUUACAACCUGAGAAAGCACCAAAGGCAGUAACUGCUGGUUAUACCGUACCAACAGCAGAGCAUGUAGAAAUAUCGCAGGUUGAGACAGAAACUCGUGAAAUCGAACUAAAAGUACAAGAAAAGCCUAAAGAGGUAACAGCAGGUUUCACAAUUCCAACUGAAGUGCACUUUGAAGUGUCAGAAAUUGAGUCUCAUAUUAAAACGGAAGAAAUGAAACCAGAAAAAAUUCCAUCUGCAUCUAAAGCUGAUGUUUCAGUGCCAACUAAAGAACAUGUAAUCGUUAGUGAGACAGAAAGUAAUCUUCAAGUUAAGGAGUUUUCUGUUGGCUUGCCUCAUCCAGAUAGAGCUAAACAAACUUUGGCUGUCAAAGAACCAAUAAAAAUUGAUGAAGCGCCUGCAGAAGUUAGCAUUGAAGAGCAAGUGACUCUUCCCGAAAGGAAACAACGGCCAAUUACAGAAAAGAAAGAUGCAACACAAAGUUUCAUUGAUAUUGUUCUCGAGGAAGCAGCUGAAUUCGUUGUUCAGAAACGUGAAGAAAUAGUUUUAGAGUCUUCUGAAGUUGCUCUUUCUUUGAUUGCUGAUAUAUCCGAAGAAAUACCAACAAGAAAAGAACCGGUAUUAGAGCAAUUUUCUCCUUUCACAGUAACACUUCCAGAAGAACAGGAUGUCACAGAAGAAAUGAAAGAAUCUUCAAUAAUGAAAAAGCGAACUGUUAAAACUGUUCACAAAAAAACAAAAGAUGGUAAAAUCAUUGAAGUGAAAGAAGUUUUUGAAACAUUUACGUCAGAGCCCAUUAUGUCUAAACCAACAAUCGAAGAUGUGACAGAAUUUGAGGUGGAGACACUUGAACCUACUCCUGAACAACAGCCUGUCAUCGAAGAGAUAGAGGAAUUGACCCCAUUAAGUCAGGAAAUAUCUGAGAAACCAGAAGAAUUACUUGCCACAGUUGAAGAAGUUGUGCCUGAUUCGAAGCGAGAAGAAACUAGCAUCACUUUGAAAAAGAAACCUAAACGAAAAACAGACAUGGAACCUGUUGUACGAACUGACGAAGAACCAGAGGAAGUGGAGGAAACUGUUAUAACCAUAAAGAGAAAAGAAUCGGUUAUCGAAGAAAUUGAAACAAUUCCUGCGCCGAAAGAGGACGUUCGAUUACCAACAGAGGAGCAGAUUAUCUCCAUACCUCAUGUUGAAACUGUAGAAGAAGGCGUAGAGAUUCUCAUUGAAGGCUCCGAGGAUAUUUUGCCUAAAGCAGAAGCCAAAGUAAAGAGGGAAGGACCAGAGGUAUUCGUGUCUGAAAUCAGCGAAACUAAAGCGGAGUAUGCUAAGGAGGACAAAAUACCUGAAAAGAAAACAGUAGAAAAAGUAACAAUAAAGAAACAAAAAUCUGGAAAAGUACCAGAUGAAGAAAAGGAAAUUCCUGCAGAAGUUACGCCAGAAAAGAAAGAAGAUGUAGAAACAGCGAAAAUAAAGCUGAAACCAAAGCCAAAGGUAAAAGACGAUGAAGUAGAAAUAGCAAAAGUAAAAUUGAAACCAAAGAAAAAACCCGAGGAGGAAGAAGAAAUAGUUAAAGUGUCAUUAGAAGUACCCGAAGAAAAAGCCGAGAAACCAGAAAGUGUCGAUAUAUCAUUUAAGAAGGAAGUGGAGAAAAUAACUGUGCCAGAAGAGAAAACAACCGGCGUUGAAGAAUCAAAAGUAAUCCUGAAAAAGCGAAAAAAGAGUUUGCCAAAAGCGGAAGAAGAAAAGGUUAUACUGCCCGAUGUAGAGGAGAAAGCUGAAGUAACUCUAAAACGUAAACCAUCGGAGGAAACUGAAAAACCUGCUGAAGAAGGUAAAAUUGAAGAAAUUUCGUUCGUCUUAAAGCCUACAAAAUUAACAAGCGAUGAACAAAGUCAGAAGCCUGAAGUAGCUGAAAUCGUUGAUCAACCUACUGUAAGCGAAGCAGAAAAAACUGUUACUCUAAAAAAGAAGCCUAAGAAACUAGAAGAGAAAAAAGAAGUAACUGUGAUCGAAGGGGAAACCAAAAAAGUUGAGAAGUCUUCAGAAGAAAUAAUUACUUUUGAUAUAAAGAGGAAGCCUUCUGUUUCUGAAAAGGCUCCGGCACCAGUUGUUCUCGAAGAGAUUGAAGCCAAAGAAGAGGAAAUUAUCGAACAUGCGGAAAUUAAAAUAAAGAAGAAACCAAAGGAAGAAGCGCCUGAAGAAGUUACUGUUGUAAAGGAGCCUUCAGUAGAAGAACGAAAAGAAGAAGUUAUAGAACAAGCAGUUUUAAAAGUAAAGAAAAAGCCUAAGAAAGAAGAAAAACCAGACGUAGAGCAAGUACAAGUAAUCUUAAAACCAAAAGAAAAAGAAUUAGAAGAAAUACCGGUAGAAGUUACAGUUCAACGCAGACCUUCUAAACCUGAAGAAACAAAAGAAGUUGAAAGUGCAGUUAUAAAGUUAAAGAAAGAAGAGAAAAAACCAGAAGAAAUCAUUGAGGAAAAGAAGAUUUUGAUUAAAGAAGAUAAACCAGUUGAAGAUGUUACUGAUCAGGCUGUUGUGAAACUAAAAAAGAAGCCAAAAGAGGAGAAACCCUCAGAAAUAGUCAAACGUAAACUGUCUGUGAAGGAAGAAAUGCCAGACAAAACAGCAGUUGCCGUAAUGACAAUCAAAACGAAACCUGUAGAGGAAAGUGUUGAGGAAAUUAGUGUUACACAAAAAGUACCGAUUAAGCAAGAAACCAUUGAAACAGUUGAAGAGACAAAAGUUAUUAAAAUAUUGGAAGAAGAAAAACCAAAGCAAGCAGAAGAACGGGUUACUUUAAAAGUGAAAAGGAAAACAUCAAUUAAAAAAGCAGAAGAAAAGGAAGAGGAAACUGAAGAUGUUCCGGCUUUCAAAACAGAGCCUACAAUUACUGAUUCAGCAACUCAAACGUUAGUAGAGUCUAAAGCUGUGGAUACCGUUCAUAAAAUAACGACAGUAACAAUUUUAAAAUCUGAAGAAAAGCCUCAACCAGAGGAAAAACCUCAGCCCGAGGAAAAAUCUGUGAAGAUUCCUCUAAAAAAGAAGGUUGUAGUUAAAGAAGAGACAGUGGCCGAAGAUAUUAAAAUCCCUUUAAAGCCGGAAGAGAAACCUGUCGAGGAAGAUAAAGAAGAAAUCAUUACUGUACAAUUAGAACAAAAAACAAAGGAAGAAAAACCUGUUACUGAAGAAGCAGAAGUAAUAAUUCCUAAACCUGUGGAAGUGAAGGAUACAACUGAAGAACAAGCAGUUGUUUUGACAAUUAAGAAAGGACCAGAGGUCGAAGAACAAGUAAAAGUCAAGCGAAAACCGAAAAAGAAAGAAGAACCAGCCUCAGAGGAGAUAACGAUGAUAAAGAAACCGGAAAAACCUGAAGAGAAAACUUUGCAGGAGGAAGAAGCUGUUUUCAAGAUAGAUUUGAAGCCUGCGGAGAAAAAGGAUACAAAAGAAGAGGAAACUGUGAAAAAAAUUAUUAUAGAAGAAACUAAAGUUACUAAAUAUGAUGUUCAUGAAGAAAAGGCAGAAAUUACAGUUAAAAAGAUUGAAGAAAUAGAAAAGGGAGUUGAACAAGAAGUGCCUAAGGUGAAAAAAGAGGAGACGAUUCCUGAACAGCUUGAAAAGGAGAUACCAAAGAUUCCUAAAAAACCGGAAGAAGUUGUUGAGGAAAAAGUGAAAAUAAAGAAAAAGCCGAAGAAAAAAGAAGAGGUGAAACCUGAAGAAGUCAUUGUUAAAAAGGUUGAAGAAAAGGCUCCAGAAACUGAAGAAGAAAUAAUUAGUGUUGAUGUUCCUGUUAAACCUAUUCAAAAAGCAAUUGUUGAAGAAGCAGCUGUAAAGUUAGAUGUUAGUGAAAUUAAAGAACAAGUAGCUAAAGUAGAAGAAGUAGUGACAACAGUAGUGAAAAAAGAAGAAGAAAAGCCUGAAGAUGUCGAUACGCAAGUCACAUUCAUAAAAAAGAAAAAAAUAAAAAAGCCCGAAGAGGAAAUUGUUCAGUUGAAAGUAGAAAAACCGGAAGAAAAAGCGCCAGAAAAACCAGAGGAGGUUGAAAGUGUUUUCGAAAUUCGUCCCAAACUUAAAGAAGUACCUGCACCUUCUGUAGAAGAAGAAAUAGCAGAAGUGGUUACUCUUAAAGAAGAAGUGAAGCCAUUUAAGGUAACAGAAGAAAAGGCAGAAGUGAGUGUAGUAAAAGAGCAGGUUGAAGAAAAAACUGAAGCUACAAUUAUAAAGAAAAAGAAACGACCUAAACCGGCAGAGAGCCCUGAAGUAGAAUUCAAAGUAACCUUAGAAAAGGAAAAACCAGAAGAGAAACCAAAAGAUACAGAAGAAGAAUUUGUAAUUAAAGCACGGAUAAAAGAAGAAAAACCGGUCAUUGCGGAAGAAAUCGAAGAAGUUAUGAAACUGCCAACUGUUACUAAGGAAGAAAAAUUUACGGUAACCGAAGAAAGUGUUGAAGUUACUGUUAAAAAGGAGGUCAUCGAAGAGGAUGUCGAAGAAGUAAAAAUUGUUCCGAAAAAGAAAAAACCCAAGAAAAAAGAAGAGGAAGAAACAGUUUUCAAAAUUCCUCUGGAAGAAGCGAAACCUCAAAAGCCAGAGGAAAUCUCUCCAGAAGAUGUUGAGGAAUCGUUUGCCGUUAAAAUACCGAAGAAGGAACCGAUUAAGGAGACAGAAACAGUUUCAGAUGUUGUUAGUAUUGUACCUCAGCCAGAAAAGAAAGAGGAAAUUGAAGAAGUUGAGAUAACAGUGAAAAGGGUAACCGAAAAGGAGGAAAAACCUUCAGAGGAAGAAAUUCAACCAGCAGUAGCAGUCAUUAAGAGAAAGAAAAAACCAGAAAGGAAGAAAUCUGAAUCUCCUGUUGAAGAAACAUUUGUUGUACCUCAAGUCAAGGAAAAAGAACCUUCACCAGAAGAAGUUUCUGUUGAAGAGAAAUUCUCUGUUGAGAUUAAGAAACCAGAAAAACCAAAACCAGUUGAAGUGAUAGAAGAGACUCUAAAAUUCACACUAGAAAAAGCUGAAAUCAAAGAAUACAAAGCAGAAGAAGCUGAAGCAGAAAUUACGGUGAAGAAAGAAGUUGUGGUAGAGGAGGAUGUUAGUAAACCUCAAAAGAAAGAAGAGCCAGAGGUGACGAAAAAAUUAAAACUUAAAAAGAAACCUGAAACGAAAGUUGAAUCAACUGAAGAAACUUUCUCUAUACCGCUACCAAAAGAGGAAGCCGAAUUGCCGGAGGAAGAGAAAGCCCCUGUAGAGGAAGCUUUUUCUGUUAAGCUGCCCGAGAAACCAAAGGAGCCCACAAAAGUGACAGUGGAAGAAUCUGUUACAGUUGAACUUGAAGAGGAAAAACCAAAGCCAGUUGUAGAGGAGGCUGCAGAAGAGGCAACUGUACUUUUGAAACAAGAGGAGCCAGAAAAGAAAGCGCCUGUGAAAGUUGAAGAGGAACAAAAAGCAACUUUAAAAUUGAAACCUAAAAAGCGGGACGUCAAAGCAGACAAACCCGUUCAGGAAGAGCCGAAAGAAACAUUCGAAAUACCUUUAUCGAAGCCUGUUGAAAAAAAAGAGAAGGAAGAAGUAUUUGAAGUUUCCCUGCCAAAGAAAGAGAAGCCUAAGCAGGAAAUUGAAGAAGAAACUACACUUGUCAUACCAGCAGAGGAAAAGCCGGAAUACAAAGUCACAGAAGAACAUGAAAAAGUAACUGUGAAGAAAGAAGUAGAAGAAAAAGUUACAAUCAAGAGGCGCAAAGAUGAAAAGAAAAAGAAAGAAGAAAUAUCUGAAGAAGUAACAAUUCCAAAGAAGCCCGAAGAAAAAGUUCCCGGACAGCCAGAACCUGCAGAAUUCAAAGUAGAUUUGCCAAAGAAGCCAUCAACAGAACCCAAAGAGGUUCCAACCGAAGAAGACACAUUGAAAAUUACUAUUCCAGAAGAAAAGAAGAAAGAAUUAACGGAGGAGAGUGCAGAGAUUACUGUCAAAAAAGUAGUUAAGGAGGAGGCUGAAGAGAAAGUUUCAAUUAAAAGGCGUAAAGAUGAGAAGAAAAAGAAAGAAGAAGUAUCUGAAAAGAUCACUAUCGUCAAAAAACCAGAAGAAAAAGCUCCUGAAGAAAAAGCGCCUGAAGAAGCUGCGGAAUUUAAAGUAGGUUCACCGAAAAAGCCAAUGAAAGAAACAAAAGAAGCUCCAAUAGUGGAAGAGACUUUGAAGAUUACCAUACCGGAAGAAAAACCAAAGGAAAUAACAGAGGAAAGUGCUGAAAUCACAGUUAAAAAAGUAGUUACGGAAGAAGCCGAGGAGAAAGUUUCCAUAAAGAGACGUAAAGACGAAAAGAAGAAGAAAGAAGAAAUAUCUGAAAAGAUUACUAUAGUUAAAAAGCCUGAAGAAAAAGUUCCUGAGGAAGAAACUCCAGAAGAAACAGCAGAAUUUAAAGUAGGUUUGCCAAAAAAGCCCUCAAAAAAACCAGAUGAAACUCCAGUCGAAGAAGAGACUUUGAAGAUUACCAUACCAGAAGUAAAACCAAAGGAAGUAACAGAGGAAAGGGCUGAGAUUACAGUUAAAAAAGUAGUUACGGAAGAGGCCGAGGAGAAAGUUUCCAUAAAGAGACGUAAAGACGAAAAGAAGAAGAAAGAAGAAAUAUCUGAAAAGAUUACUAUAAUUAAAAAGCCUGAAGAAAAAGUUCCUGAGGAAGAAACUCCAGAAGAAACUGCAGAAUUUAAAGUAGGUUUGCCAAAAAAGCCUUCAAAAAAACCAGAAGAAACUCCAGUCGAAGAAGAGACUUUGAAGAUUACCAUACCGGAAGAAAAACCAAAGGAAGUAACAGAGGAAAGUGUUGAGAUUACAGUUAAAAAAGUAGUUACGGAAGAGGCCGAGGAGAAAGUUUCCAUAAAGAGACGUAAAGACGAAAAGAAGAAGAAAGAAGAAAUAUCUGAAAAGAUUACUAUAGUUAAAAAGCCUGAAGAAAAGGUUCCUGAGGAAGAAAUUCCAGAAGAAACUGCAGAAUUUAAAGUAGGUUUGCCAAAAAAGCUUUUAAAAAAACCAGAAGAAACUCCAGUCGAAGAAGAGACUUUGAAGAUUACCAUACCGGAAGAAAAACCAAAGGAAGUAACAGAGGAAAGUGCUGAGAUUACAAUUAAAAAAGUAGUUACGGAAGAGGCUGAAGAGAAGGUUUCCAUAAAGAGACGUAAAGACGAAAGGAAGAAGAAAGAAGAAGUAUCUGAAAAGAUUACUAUUGCCAAAAAGCCUGAAGAAAAGGUUCCUGAGGAAGAAGCUCCAGAAGAAACUGCAGAAUUUAAGGUAGGUUUGCCGAAAAAGCCAUCGAAAAAACCGAAAGAAGUGCCGACACAAGAAGAUUCUUUCAAACUCACCAUACCUGAAGAAAGAAAACCUGAGGUGACAGAAGAAAUUGCAGAAAUAACAGUUAAGAAACCAGCUCCCGAAAAGACAGAAGUGGAAGAACGAAUCUCUAUUCGCAAACCUAAAAAGAAAGCUAAAUCUGAAGAAGAAGAAAUAAAAGAAUCUUUUACCGUCGCACGCAGAAAAUCAGAACAGGAAAUUAAGACUGAAGAUGUAGAGGAGACCUUCGAAAUCAAGGCUGCUCCAAAGAAGAAGCCAAAGAAGCCACAGGUAGUUUCCGACGAAGAAGAGUCACUUAGCAUUUCCCUACCAUCCGAGAAACCAGAAUUCAAGACUGAGGAAGUUUCUGAAGAGACCAAAGUUACUCUACGGAAGCCAUCAAAGACAGAAGCUGAGGAAAUUUUGGAAAUUUUGGAAACAACAGAAUAUGUGGCUAUAUCUUCAUUUGUUUCGGAGAAAGCGGAUUCGAUCAGCCUUGUAGAAGGGGAGCGCGUCCAUGUCAUUGAAAAAACUAGUCAGGAAUGGUGGUUCGUCCGUAAAGUGGUCACGAAUGAGAAAGGUUUCGUGCCCCCUGAUGUACUCCAAGAUUCGGAUACCUACACUCACUACAUGAAGGACACACUAAGCAAGAAAAUAGAGAAAUUACCUGUCCUACGAAAACCUAAACCGGGUGAAAAAUUAACAGCUCCAAAAUUUGUGAAGAAAUUAACUCCUUUGAAUGUGCUUGAUGGACAGACGGCUGAAAUGUCUUGCCAAGUGAGUGGAAAUCCCAGGCCUACAAUAACUUGGUUCAAGCAGACACAGAUCAUUAAGCCGUCUAUGGAAUUCCAGAUCUUUUACGAUGAAGAUAAUGUGACAACUCUUAUUAUUCGAGAAAUUUUCCCCGAAGACGCUGGUACAUAUACAGUGGUUGCCAAGAACGCUGCAGGAUUUGCAUCUUGUUCGGCAGAACUCAUUGUUGAAGCUCCACUGUCUGACCAUGGUAGUGACCUUUUCCCAUCCUCUCGCCUUAGUCUAUCUAGGCAGUCAUCGCUCACAGACAUCCUGGAAGGCGUACCUCCGGUAUUUUCUGAGAAACCAAAGGACAAAAAGGUAGAAGAAGGAAAACCAGUUGAACUUGUUUGCAAAGUUACCGGAAUUCCUGAACCAAAGAUUACCUGGCUGCGUAAUCAGAAGCCUUUGAAAGAAUCAGACCGCAUCACAGUCACGACAGUGACAGAAGAUCUGGACAUCACGAAAGUAACAGUGACAAUUAAGCAGUCCAAAAUAGAAGAUGCCGGCACUUAUGAAAUUAUAGCUGAAAACAGAGAAGGAAAAUCUGUUACUUCCCUUAUCUUGAACGUCACUGAAAAACCGAAGCCGAAGGAAGAACCUCCAUCCUUUACGCAGACAUAUACAGACCAAACUUGCACGGAGAAAGAUACCGUUUGUCUGACUGUAAAAAUCCAGGGUAAUCCUCCACCUGAAGUGACUUGGUAUAAAGAUGGAAAGCCGUUGAAGCCCUCAAAGAACGUUGAACAGACGACCAACAAAGAUGUUCAUACACUCACCGUUAAAGACACAAAGACGCCGGAUACAGGAGAAUAUAAAUGUGUCGCCAAAAACAAGAAAGGAACUGUGGAGCAUGUAGCCAAAGUAACAGUUCAAAAAACGGGUGUAGAUUUCGUAGAGAAGCUUUACGAUGUUGAAGUAAAAGAAAGUGAAUCUGCUCUCUUCGUUACCAAAGUUUCUCAUCCUGAUGCACAAGUCACUUGGCAUAAGGAUGGAGAGCAGCUGAAACCUACUAACAGAUUGAAGUUUGUUGAAGAUGGCUGCGUAAGGAAGUUAAUCAUAGAAGACGCGAAUGUUAACGACGAGGGCGAAUACACCUGCGUACUCGGAGAAAAAGAAUGCACAGCCGAGCUGAUUGUUGUUGAGCUUCCUCCUGACUUCAAAGGUGAUAUGAAGGAUGUUACUGUGGCAAAUAAACAGAGUGCUGCAUUCCAAGUAGAACUGACUAAAGGCGACGCUAGAGCUCGCUGGUUUAAAGAUAAUAAGGAGAUAGAAUUCAGUGAACAUGUCAUGCUUAAAAUAGAUGGCAAACGCCAAAAAUUGAUCAUCUACAGUGCCACUUUUGAAGAUGCGGGAACUUACACUUGUGUGGUUGGAAAUAAGAAGAAGAGUGCAAAAUUACCGAAACGGAUUCUUAGCUUACGCUGUUUUUCUUAUUUUUUAUUCAUAAACUUUUCAGAUAAGGAGAUAGAAUUCAGUGAACAUGUCAUGCUUAAAAUAGAUGGCAAACGCCAAAAAUUGAUCAUCUACAGUGCCACUUUUGAAGAUGCGGGAACUUACACUUGUGUGGUUGGAAAUAAGAAGAAGAGUGCAAAAUUAAAAGUUGAAGCACCAACGGUUGAGUUCACAGCCAAACUGCCAGAAAAGAUGGUUGUUCCUCAAGACACGGACGUCAGUUUUACUGUUGAGUUGUCUCGUCCUGAUGUUCCGGUGCAAUGGUUAAAGAAUGGUGAACCUGUACCAGAAAAGGAUAAAUUCCAGUUCAUUAAGGAAAGAAAUGUCUAUAAAAUGAUCAUGCCGAGAGCACAGAAAGAUGACGCAGCUGAAUACAGUUGUAUUGCCGGGAAUGUGAAAACAACCACCAAAUUACAAGUUCAAGAGGCCCAUGCCGAAUUCACACUGAAACUUCGUGAUGUUAUUGUUCGUGAAAGUGAUACUGCUACUCUUCUUGUGGAAGUGACGCGAGAAACCUUUGAAGUAAGGUGGAUGAAGGAUGGUCAAACAUUGAAACCAACGGAGAGAGUCGUUAUGGAAAAGGAAGGCUGCAGACGGCGACUGAUAAUCAAAGACACAACCUUAGAAGAUAGGGGCAUGUAUACCUGUGUACUCGAAGAAAAAACAUGUUCAUCUACUCUCACAGUUGAAGCGGCCCCCCGUGUCGUUUCUGAGAAACGGCAUUUCAAAGGUAAACGGGGAGGAAAUGUCAUAGUGGAUGUCGAAUUCGCAGGAAUGCCACAACCUAAAAUUGAGUGGUUCUACAAGGACAAGAGUAUUACUCCCGACAAAAAGCGUUCCGUGGAAAAUUAUGGCAACAAAACGGUUCUUACUAUCAAAAAAUUGGAGGAUCCAGACGUUGGAAACUACGUUCUCAAGUUGACGAACAAAGUAGAUGAAUGUAAAACAGAAUUCACAGUUUCUAUCAUCGAUAAACCGAAACCUCCUGGCAUGCCUAAUGCAUCUGAGAUCGCAUCUAAUUCCUUGACACUGAGUUGGAAAGUACCAGAGAGUGACGGAGGAUCUCCGAUUAUAAAUUACAUAAUCGAAUAUCAUGACAGAAAUACUCUUCGAUGGUCCACUUAUAAUGAGAAAUUUACAAUCGAACAACCCUUUACCAAAGUGGACAACCUGAAGCAAGGCGAAGAAUACAUGUUCCGGGUAAUUGCAGUGAACGAAGUUGGUAAAAGUGAUCCUUCACCUGGCACGAAAUACAUUCUUGUACAAGAACUCAAAGCUGGAGAGCCACCUGCAAUUAUAGAGCAUUUGCAACCUACUACUUGUGGCCUGAAGAAACCGGCACAGAUGAGCUGCAGAAUCAGUGGGCAACCACCACCUACCAUCAAAUGGCUGAAGAAUGGUAAAGAACUUAUCAUACUUAAAAAUAUAACAACAAAGUACGAAAAUCAAUUGGCUACCUUAAAAAUAGCAGAAACUACAGAGAAGUCGGCUGGUACUUACACAUGCAAAGCCACAAACCAUUUGGGUGCGGUGGAAACUAGUAGUGAGCUUAAAAUCCAAGAACCACCCACUGUCCAGUAUGAUGAAAGUAUGAAGAAUGUCCGCUUAAAGUCUUUCAGUGAGUAUGUUCUGGAUAUCAAAGUCUUCGGCUAUCCAUCUCCAGAACUAGUGUGGUUCAAGAAUGGUAAGGUACUUGAAUCUACGAAGCAUACAUUGGUACAAGUACGUGAGAACUCUACUACCAUUACUAUUCGCAGCGUAGAGAAUACAGACAGCGGAACAUAUACACUCCAGCUCACCAAUCCUGCAGGAACGGUCAAGCACGAUUUCCGUCUCUUUGUGCUUGACAAACCGCUUCCUCCAGAAGGCCCCAUUGCAUUCCACAAAAUCGACAAGAAUUCUGUAACCAUCGGAUGGCAACCUCCGAGUAUAGGAGCGUCAGAGGUACACUCUUACAUCAUAGAAAAAUGUGAACUCAGGAGAAAAGUUUGGAUCGAGGUUGCGACUGUGAAUUCCGACGUCUUAACGCAAGAAAUUCGGGACGUAAGCGAAGGUAUAGAAUAUGCAUUCCGUGUAAUUGCUGCCAAUGAAUAUGGCCGCAGUGAUCCUCUUACUUCGGACAGUGUGACGCCGAAGAGCUUAUUCGAUAAACCUCAUGCACCGAAGGGACCAUUCACAACAUCGAAUAUGACAGAAAACUCAUUCACUCUGAGCUGGCUGGCACCUGACAAUGAUGGUGGCAGUCCAGUCAUUGAGUACCUUGUGGAAAAGAAAGAGGCGACCCGUAAGGCUUGGCAGAGGGUUGCCACAACAGACGGAAAGUCCUUGUCUAUGGAAGUCACUGGCCUGAAGAAAGACACAGCUUAUCACUUUAGGGUCUGCUGUAGAAAUGAAAUUGGCCAGAGUCCAUACUUUGCACCUGAAGAAACUAUCACGCCAGGCCUUAAAAUAUCUCCACCUUCAUCACCCGGUGGUCCCUUGAUUGUUUCCAAUAUGACCAACAAAACUCUAACUCUCAGUUGGAAGCCUCCAGCGAACACAGGCGGUGCAGAAUUGACAGCCUACAUUGUGGAAAAGCGCGAAUCGACGAAGAAAACCUGGAACCGUCUUGAGACUCUUGACCCCCAUAUAACAAGUUAUACCGUCCAUAACCUCACUCACAAAAAGGAAUACUUCUUUAGGGUGUUCGCCGAAAAUCCAGCUGGUCUUAGUCCGCCACUCGAAACUGAAAAGGCUAUAAAACUUACCUCAACUGCUGAACGUCCUUCACCUCCUACGGGACCGCUGGAAGUGGUCAUUACAGGUCCUUCUUCUGUUGUACUGUCAUGGGGUCGACCUGAAUCAGAUGGAGGAUCUCCUAUCUUGGGUUAUAAUGUGGCUCUCAAGAACGUCAGGAGGAUAAUGUGGAUGGAAGUUGGACAAGUGAAUGGCGAAACACAAAGGUUGCAGAUCAAAGAUUUGCAAGAAGAUGCAGAAUACAUGAUCCGAAUCAUGGCCAGAAACGAAGUAGGCAUCAGUGAUCCACUGGAGCCCGAAGAACCUAUUAAAGUGAUUCGGCCACCAGGAUUCAAAGAGUCCGAAAAAUUGGACAUUGAUGAGAAAACCAUCUCAGUCAGCUACAGUACGGAGACUUCUUCAUCUUGGAUACGCGAGGCGAAUGUGGAGCCACUGCUGCGCAGCUACACGAAACAUGUGCUUGCGGGCAGGAAUGAAUAUUUCUUCCGUGUCUGGCAUUUGGCCGAGACGCUUUUCAAAUAAAUCCUGCCAAAAAUGUGAUACGUAAAGCAGAUUCAAACUCUGGGAAAGUCUCAUUCUUUUCCGUCCAAUUCACUCUCAAUGUCAAAAAUUUAGAGUUACAUUUGUAGCAAUUCUUUUCAAAGCCUCUCUGAACGUAAUACAGAGCAAUCACAUGAAGUUGCGUUUAUGUUGUCUCACCUGAGUAUGUAUUAUCGUUUUUACUAGCAUUCAAUCAUGAAGCUUCGCCCUCGAGUGGAUCAAAAAUCACGUAUCUGGACCAGUGAUUCUUCAUCCCUUGUAGGCGGUAGGAACUGUUAAAUGAUGAAAUCAUUUGUAAACGUCUUUAAUAAAAACGACAUACUUUCAGCGUCAUUUACAUUUUAGGAUCUAAAUUCAUAGCGUGUAAUAUGAAUUGAUGAUUAUUUGCAGACAUUGUAUUCGUACUCCGGUAACGUUUGUUGUUACGUAGUCAAUGUGGCUUGCUCAAAAUAUAUUGUUUUCUUCAUUUAGGUUUUCACUAAAAUGAAAUUUAAAAGAUGCAAAAGGAUAUUUUCUUUGAAAAGAAAAGUUUUAUUAAGGAUCAAAUUCUAACUAUGGAUAAAUAAACAAGUUCUUCUCAGGGCUAGUCAUAUAAUGUUGCAGAACAUGUAUCGAGCUUAUUAGUGUUGAGGCGGCCUAAGUCUUUAAAUUUCAUUCGACUGUGAAUAUAAUUCACAGUAAUGAUUCACAGUAAUGCUCAGUACCAGAAAUUUUGCAAUUGCUCAAGUAACCUUUUUCAAAAUAUUUUCGUAUUUAUCGGAAGAAACAAAUUAUUGUAAUUAUUGAGAUAUAUUCCCCAGAUUUUGAAUCUGCGCCAUUUCCAUAUCUUUGGGCGGCUCUGGUAGCGCCUGAACUUGUACAGACAUUGUAUAAAAUAUUUUUACAGUGAAGCAUUGAUUUGAAAAGACAUUAGGGGACUGAUACAAGAUAUUUGUAUUAUAUCCCAAAAGAAACCUGUUUCAAUAUGAAAACGGUUAUAUCUUCUGUGUACACACUGUGUCCAACGACGCGCUGUUACCUUAUGUUUUCUGGUAAAAACCCGAGAUGAUGUAAUGUAUUGUUUCUAUUGUUUAGAUUGACACCCGUCAUGUGAUAUAUGUUAGUUCCUGUGUAAUAAAGUAGUUACUCCUAUUUAAAAAUA